CAGGCCUAGUAACCAACGUGCAGUUGUAUAGUUCGGUAGUGACUUAUCGUGUUUUUAAUUUAUAUCCGUUUUCGUUUGUUUUCUCGAAGUCGCGUCUGAUAAAAGGUAAAAUUAUUUAUACUGCGAUGUAUAAUAUAUGAUUUGGCUGUUGUUUUUCGUGUCAGAUAUUUUUCUAUUUUAAAAGCAAUGCGAGUAUCUAUAUCUAUAUAGGUAUGUACGUAUAAAAGUUCUACAAAAAAAAAAAAAAAAAACAAAACGAUUUUGCAUACUUAAAAGUCGCGUUUCCGAUCAUUAUUAUUACCUGUAUUAGUACCUGUGUAAUGUGUUUAAAGUGCAACGGGAUACGCGUACAAAAACCAAAACGGUUUUAACCAUGUGAGUAAACAUUGAACAUUAUUAUUAUUUAUGCGCCUAUGGUACUAUUUUUAAGUUAACAAUAAUUCAGUAGGUAUUUCGUUCGCCGUAACAUUAUCCCUGACCUUAACAACAUUGUACCAGGUCUCUGGGACGGUAUAACAUAACAAACAAAACGUACGAUUAGGUACUGUUAGGUUUCAUAUUCUUAUCGAAUCGAAAUAAUCCGGUUUGUACAUCGGUCAUAACGAGAUCGCUCGUAAAUUUAACUGUAGUUAAAACCAAUAAUGUUCGAGGGUUAGACUCGUAGAUAAUCGUUUUAAAAGCUUUUCGCCGCGUCUCUUUUUACCGGGUUUUGAACUUUCAACUGAUAUCAUAUAAUGUAAUAUUAUUAUACACGACUCGAGGAUCGCGGAUCUAUCGUAGUAUCACGUAUUGCCGAUAAGAAUAUAUUGUAUAGUGUUUAAAUAGGUAUACAGCAAAAACUGCAAUGUAAUCGACGAAAGAAGUUGCACUAUUAUUAUAACGACUACUGCAGUGUUAAAAUACUUGGAAAACACGGAUUUCGAGACAAAGUCGUCUCAGAGAUAUUCACACGAGGAUCUUCUAAAAAUUACAUUUAAAUACUACUCCUUCGAAAAAAAAAAAAAUUAAAUAAAUAAAUAAUCCCGAUCGAAAUAAUCAACGCGUUAACAUUAGAAAUUUUGUAACGAUUUUCGAAUUUCACUGAUAAAAUUAGUACAACACGAUUUAUUAUAACAAGUGGAUAAUAAUAACACUAAAAUUAGCUGCACACUUUUUCGUUUCAUGCCAGUAUUUACACUAAUGCAAAUUCGUGCUGCACCAUUAUAAUAUUUAUACAGUGCCGUAUUUCACACUAUUUUAGGGCCUGGUGGCGACUUCGUGACGUACAGUAGGUACCUAUAUAAUAUAAUAUAGAUACAUUAUGCUGCAGUGAAAACGAAUUGACCAAACUGUGGUGUAUGGAAGAGAUUAGAAGUUUAUUAGGCUAUUUCCCAUAAAGAUCUUUUCGUUUCCCGAGAGCCCGAUUAGGUAUAUUACAAAAUAAGUUAACGACGAGUAUUAUACAGAGAGAGUGGUGACAUCUUCAGUAAUAAUAUUACUUAAACAGAAAAAAUGUUAACGCGUAACAAAUGAUACUAUUAUUUAGAUGAUACCUAAUCAUUUUUGAAACUUUUGUGAAACGUAUACCAUACCUAUAAGCUAUUAAAUUAAGUACUUAAAAAUCAACGGAACCUGGCCACGAUACCUUAUACAGGAGUUUAUAGUUUAGAGAUUUAGAUACCCAAACUGACGGGAUAAUUAUAAUCGAUUUAGUUUUCACAAGAAUGGUGUUUACAAUCAUAAAACUCGGGCAGCGAAGCCAAAAUUAUUACUAGGCUUAUUACUAUCUGAAAGUUAAGAUUGCGCGGGCUACGAAUCAAAAGGUUCUAUCUGUUUGUUUUAAAAUUUGACUUUUUUUUUUUUUUUUUUUCUAGAGAUAGUAAUUAUCAAGAUAUUCGGAACUAUUCGGUUUUCUAUCUGUCCGCAGAAAUACCGUAUUUACUCGUGUGCUAAAACGUAAACACGUAUGCCAGAACUUCCGGGUUCCCAGCCCGCGAAUUCAUUCGAUUGAAAUUCCUUAUUAACAAUGUUCUUUAUUAGGAUUUAUUUAUACAAAUAUAUAAUCUUAUUUGAACAUUUAUAAUAAUAAUCUUAUACCUUAUGGACCGAGUCUGUUUGUAAUCAAACUGUCUGUCUGUACUUGAAAAAUAAUCUCUCUCGUUUUCUUUUAUGUAGACCAUUGUACAAUAGAAAAUGGGAAAAAUAUAAUUGCUUUUCCAAUUUGAUGAACAUUAUCAUAAUAUUUUAUUAGGUUUAGGUAUUGUUAGCGUUGUUCCUUAAUUUUUUUUUUUUUUACAGGUUUUUAGAAUUUAAACGGUUCUUUUCGAAGCCAAAGAACUAUUAUUUGAAUAGGUACCUAUGAAUAAUUUCAAGUGAAUGGAUAUUACAUGAAUUCAAUAGGUAUAGAGUUUGGUGGUAUUUUUAUGUGUGUUUAUGAACGAAAAAACAUUAUGUUAUUACGACACGAUGCACAAAUGUUUACACUUUAACCCGAUGCGAUAUUAUUAAGUUAUAUCAAGUCACUAUAUACGGUCAUACUAUUGUACCUAUAUUAUAGCGAGGUACCUACUCAUUAAGUGAUUUUUUUUUUUUUUUUCAAUUGUACAGCUAUACAAAAGGCAACACUGGUGAAAGGGAAUUUUAUUCACCUAUACACUAAUAAUAAUAAUAAUAAUAUUAAUAAUAAAUUACCGUCUCUUGAUUACUAUUGUUGAUGGGUAGAACCAUUUCUAAAUGUAUCAUUUACGUUAGGUAUAUGCACUGUACUAUAUUAUGGUAACGGAUACAGUAAUAAUAAUUUGAUUUUCCGACUAGGAUUCGAAGUGUUAUGUAGGUUAGUGUACAUGUACAUACGCUGAUUUCAGGUAUCUGUACUUAUAUUAUAAUAAAAUUCAUUAUUCAGUGUCUCGGUACGAUUUCGUUUAAGGUAUACAUGCAGAAAUAUUUAAACUUACGAAUAUUCAAAGAUCACAUAUAGGCAUAUAAGAUAAAAAAAAAAAAAACACAUAUUAAUAAUAAUCUGCAGUUAAUUUAUAAAGACAAAUACAGAAUCCGAUUUUACUAAUUAAAAAAAAAAAACACCCCGGAAGAAAAUACACGUAUUAAUUUCCGUUUUAACGGAAAUAAACACAAUUGUAUAACUCUUAAUUCGGUAUCAUACAGUGAAUUGAUGUAUUCAAUAUUGUACAAUUAACGUUAUAAUUAUUGUACAACUAUAGAUGUUUUUUGUUUUUUUAUAUAUAUAUAUAUAAAGGGAAAUUACAGACCAAAUAAUAAUAACCGGAGCAAACAUCUGCGUAUAAAACCAGAAUCUUCAAAAAUAAUUAAAUUUAAAUUAUAUAAAAAAAAGUUUUUUUUUUUUUCGUUAGUGGUAUUGUUAAAUGAUGUAGUGGCGCAAAAUCGGUUUUAUGCACGGUAGAAACCGUUUAUAAUGGCAUUCAAAUUUCAAUGGACUAGUUAAAAUCAGUCAUAAUAACCGAUUGCCAAAAUGAUAAAAUAAUAUUUAAAAAUUUUGUUAUGUAUACUAAUUUAUAUGAACAUAAUACUGUAUUACGAUGAUUGUAUCAUAUUUUUAUCAUUAAAUGGUGAAUUCAAUACAUACGGCAAAAAAAAAAAUAAAUUGUUCAAAUAUUUUAAAAUUGAAUACAGUUUAAUAUUGCUAUUAUGGCUAACAGAUUUUUCCAAUAUAACCAAAAAUAACCGUCAUAAUAUCCGUAUAAUCAUAAAAUGUUGGAUUUUUGCCGGCACCUUCAAUCUAAGAUCAUUACACCCUACAUGUCACUACAACCGGUGUCGUUAUAAACGAUAUCUACUGUAUUUAUUUGUUUACACCCAUUGUGUAAUAAUAUAUUUACCUUUAGGUAGGUAGGUAUUCACCUACUUACUGUACACCGUAUAGAUUUAACUAACAUAGAACGAUAUUUUUUCCACCCGAAUUAAUUUUAUAAAAAGGCACGUUAUGAUAUUACACAGGUCUAUUUGACAUUUUUUCAUAAAACUAAAUAAUGUAAAAAUGUCAAAUAGUCCAGUUACACCAGUUGUAUAUAGGUAAAAAAGGUGAAAAUUGAAUUCAAACAAAUAUUUAUUGCUUCUAAGCUCGUCUAUAGUUAUUAUUUUGUUUUUCACGGGGUACUUAUACAGCGACUUUAAUUUAAAAUUAAACUACGAUAGUGAAGUGCAUGAUACACAACCAUCAACCCUUAAAAUCGUUCUAAAUCACACAAAAUCAGCAUUUAUAGCUUAACUACCUAUAUUUUUUAAUGAUUGUUCAUUUAUACAAUUUAAUUCUUUGUGAUAACUGAUGAGGGAUAGGAAUAUUUAAGACAUGACCACUAGGUAAGUAUAGGUUGAUGUAUAUACAUCAAAAAAUUUCCAGAAUCUCCAGUGUGUGCCACUAGAUUGCUAUAACUUGAAUAGCCAACGAAAUUAAUUUGGUGAAAAAAAAUUUAAAAAAUACGCAAAUAAUAAGGUGUGAACAUGGUUUGAUUCUGUGCCAAUAGGUUUACGUACAGGAAAUGUCUCUACUAAGUCAUCGUUAUAAUACAACAAUUGAUGCAUUUAAAAUGUUCCCGAUUUUUCGUAAUGAAGAGUAUACAAAUAAUUAACCUUAUUUAAAGUACUUAUAAUAUAUUGUUCGAUGUUAUUUUCUAAAAAUAUUUAUAUGUUUUUUUGUCUUCUUCUGACAAUAUAAUAUAGGUUAAAGUUCAUUAUGAUCGAGAUCGUAAAUUAUAUUGGAUUAAUAUAAAAACUAUACUGUUUCACGCAGAAAAAAAAAUGUCCGCAUUAUGCAUUAUUCGCAAUUAAUUACAUUAACGUACUAUCUAUACUUAACACAAUGAUCGUUUUGACUUAAUCGAGCGUUUAAAUCAUUAUUACGUGUUUUAUUAAAAAAAAAAAAAUAAUAAUAAUAAAAAAACGUUUUAGAUUCCGAUUAAAGAGAAGAGAAUGUAUUGAUUUUACUACGGUGGUUUUUUUUUCAUUUCUAUAAACAACUUUUCUACCGGACAUCUUACUCCAAUCAAACACUUUAUGGAAACUUUUUUGAUCUAGUUAAUGUAAUCAAGAGGUUAAUAUUUUAUUUUUCUUGUAAUUUUUUUAAGAAAUGUGAAAAAAUUCUAAUUUUUUGUUGAUUUCCGAGGCACCUUGGCAACACAGCAGACGAAUUUUGAAAAGAUAGAAUACAUAGAAGUAUUUAAACUAUAUAUCUGUAAACAACGAUUUAAGUUCAAAAAAAAAAUAUCUAUUCGAAAUACUAACUUAAAUGUUCUAAUAUAAACGGAAAGAAAGGAAUAUCGGGACGACAAAAGAAACUAAAAAAUGUAUUUUUUUUUUUUUUUAAUUCUUAUUCAUAGUCGACAAUAAAUAAUAAGCGCACAUUGAUUCACUAAAUAAGUGCCAAUAAUCAUUUUACACUCUAAAACGAUAAAAGAUAACGAUAAAAGUACCUACCUGCCUGUACCUAAAGAAAAAAAUGUACCUAUAAAGACAUAUAAUAUUAUUAUUACAUGGUUAAAAUAACAUUGCCAGUUAAGUAAAAAAAAAAAUGAAUACUGGUUAGUCCGUUCAGAAUUCUAGAACAUUUUUUAUACUUUGAAUAACAUGCAGAAUCGAAUUUGUUUUUCGAGUCGUACACUUCGGUGCGAUACCCGUAUUAUUUUUUUAUACACUUCUAUAUUAUAUACCAAGUUAUUUAUAAGGUUUCGUACCUAUAUCUCGUUCGCGAGAAAAAGAAAUUAUGAAAAAUAUUAUAUACUUACCGGAUAUUAAAUUUCUAUUUUUCCAUUUGUGUUAUACCUAUUCAAAAAACAAAAAAUUGUUUACUUCUCUAUCUGACACGAUUUAUUUCGUACGAAAUCUAGUGCCAUUCUCAAGCAAGCGAUUUAUCUAUGAUUUUCAUAGAAUAAAAAAGUUAUUUUAGAUUAAUAAAAUAUCAAAUAUAAAUAUAAAGUAAAAAAAUAAAAUAAAAAUAUGUAUUACAGAAUAUAUCACGCGAAGAUCUGACACAUAAAAUGAUAUUUUAAAGUUUUUUUUCUCGUAGGUAAUAAUUUUUAGAACCUUGCACUAUAAUGAUUCCUCCAUUUCAUAAAUUUAUAUAUAUUUUUUUUUUGAAACAAUAUUUUGUUGUUCCAAAUAUUUACUAAUGGUAAAUCGUUAAAUUUUUAAAAACAAUUACAAUUUUAAUAAAUCAUAAUAAUCACGAAAUUAUUUUUUCAAAAGAAAUUGACUAAUCCCUCGAUAUUAUUUAGUUUAGUGGCAAAGAAAUUAAUUUGAAUUACCCCGAAAUUCGAAAAAUUGUGUGGAAAACUAACGAAAAAUAAAAUAAAUAUAAAAUAUUCUAAAAAAAAAUGAUGGUAAACCUUUAAAAGCCCAAAUUUUGUUUGAAAAUAUGUAUUUAUAAAAAAAGCUGUUUUGAAUUGGUAAAUACGUUUUAAAAACGACGUCCUAAGAUAAUGGAGACGGGUGCAGCCACUGUUAUAGGUAAUUUAAUGUAUAUCAGUGGGCAACGAUAAACCAUUGCUAAAAAAAAAACGAUUCCGAGCGCAGUUCAGUGAAUAGUGAUGCUUUGUCAACAAUAUGUAAAUACAUGUCAUAUAAUAGUAAAAUAAUUAAAUAGGCAUUUUAUAUUUUCUAUAAUAAUAUUUAAUAUUUAAUAUUGUAUUCUCCGUUAGAAAAGUUCGCACAACAAAUCGAGGAGUGUUUUUAUAUUGAAAUAGUCCAAGCGAGUGAUUGCUGGGUACACUUAAAAUGCAUUUGUUUUUUCCCUGUUUAGGUAAAAGAGAAAAAAUUAGUGCAAACAUCUUUUUUUCGAAACACCGGUUUUAACUCGCAACCUUAAGCAUGACAAUUGGUAUGUUUAACCGUUCGGCUAUGACAAACAUAUUAAAGAGUGCACAAUAUAGAAUUAUUUAACAAAAUAUAUAAUAGCAACAUUAUAUCAGAACUUCAAAAAAACUAUAAUUUCGAAACUUAUUCAGUCCGCUCAAUACUGACUUCAACCUCGUUCUGAAAUCGGCAAUUGAAAAAUUAGAUUUGUUCCACAUAAUUUUUUACUCGAUAUUUUUGCGAUAUUUUCGGUUGAUAUUUAAAUUCCUAUUUAAAAUACUAAUACGCACAUUUUAUCUCGGUCUUUUGCAAAAUUAAACGUUAAAUAUUUCCUUGUUUCGAAAAUCCAACUGGAAUUUUAACUGUACAGUUUGUAUUAUUCUAUUAUGUAUCGUAUUUAUAGUGCGUAUAGUCAGUCGUUAUAGAUUGUGUACAAAUUAUUCCGAACAUAAUGUUAUUCCCACUACAUGCACAGUAAAGGACGCAAGUACUCGGAUGGUUAUUAAGUUUUUUUUUUUUUUUUGUAUACUGUCGCUUUACCACAAAAUAAUAAGAAGAAGUACCCAUGUACUGUAAAAUGGUGACGAAUAGUGUGACAAAAAUUAUAAUUAUUAUAAAAUAAACGUCAUAAUAAUAUAGGUAGACGCGCGUGUAAGUAUACAGUUAUAAAAAUAAAACCGUCACCGAGUGGUCCGUUAUUGUGGUUAAAUGCAAUGCUACUUCUUAGUGUAUACCUACGUUCUUAAUGAAAACGCGUUACCUGUACAUUAUUUUUUUUUCGCCCUGAAUAAUACUAUUUUCACCAGUAAUUUCUUUUUUUGGGUGUAUUCACACCCAGUAGUACAACAAGGAUUUUUUUUUGAAAGGGGGAGGGGUUAUGAAAUUCAAACAAAUUUCUGGACACGAUAUCGAGAUAAUAAAUUACUAAAUACAGAUGAAAAGCACAACGUACGCAUAUUAAAAAUUACAAAAAAACGUAUGAAACUGUAAGAGAAAAUACAAAUUACACAAUAAGUAUAAUUCAUAAAAAGAAAAAUCUAAAAUAUCGUGACGGUAGGGGUGUUAUAAUCUCCAAGCCACCCUUGGUCGAGCCACUCUUCACGCCUUUAUGCAUUGGAUUUCGACCUAAAUAAUAUUUUAGUCGGCUAAAGGUUGUAUCAUCAUAAACACGUGCAAAAUAUUGCGUGAAAACGAUACAAUACCGUGAUACAAUAAUCUGACGUUGACGAGUAGGUACCUAAGUGUAGUAAGUGUAUUAUACACGAGCGUACGAGACGAUUUUAAAGUUGAAUUUUUAUUGAUUCGACUGGUGGGUCAUAUUAUUUCAUAGUAUCUCGAAAUAAAAUACAAAUAUACCUAUAACCUCCAUUGGACAAGAGAAAUACGUGACACAAUUUUUGAAUACCGUUUUACCGGUAAAAAUAUAAUUGUACGUCAUAAAUCGGAUUUUGAUAUUUUGUUUUGUUUUGUUUUUGUUUUUAGUUAGAUACAGGAAUGUUACUACUGCAACAUCGUGUAGAAUGCUUAGAAAGACCAUAGGAUGCCUACUAGUCGGACUAUUCAUUUCGAUAUGGUUGGGGUGUGUCGGAAGCCAAGGUAAGAAGAAACAUAUAAUUAUAUACCUAUCCAUCUAAUACAAUAAUAUUAUGUUGUUAUUCGUUAAGUACGACCUAUAAAAAAAAUAAUAAAAAUAUCAAUUCUAUAAAAAACAAAAAAACGUAUCAGUUAAUUCAAUCUGCGAUGUAAGUUUCGAUUAAAAAUUUGACCGAACGGUCGUAAAAUCAUAUUUUUAUGUGACAUUUUAACAUUUUUAUACGAUCGACAUUAACCGGAAAUUAAGAUACUUGUCAAACGACGGUUGCUUAAAAUACAUCUAUUAUAAGGUCUAAUGAUUACAUUUUUUGAGUAUUAUAAACAAUAAUAAUACCUAUUUAUUUUAAUGAAAGGAAGCGUAAGGGUCUGAGAGAAGCGUGUGAUGUAUUGUAGGUUUUACUUGGAUGUGUUUUUGUAUAUGUAAACAAUUUUUCUAUAAGAAAUCUUGCUCCAAUCAAAACUAUUGUAGGAACUUUUUUGAAGCAUUUUUGGCCCAAGUAGGUGCUUAGAAGAAAUGGUUUAUCUAGCAAUUUUUCGUACAAGUUUUGUUGAUUUCUCGGUUUCCGGAACAAGGGAAAAACGACUGAUAAUACUUUUUAAAACGUGAUUUGUGUUUAUUUGACUGUCUAUGCACGAUCCAAUCUACCGUACGCGUUACAGAGUCUGCACAUUUGCAUAAAGAAACGGUAAAUGUAUCCGUUUCGUAUUUCCGAAAUUCAACCCCUAAAGGGUGGCUGACGCGAGGUUUUUGGUAUUUCCGGAACGAAAAUCGAAUUAUUUUUGUUGAUUGUUUAUGGGUAACUAAGGGAACAUGAAUGAAAUAAAAAAUAAAUAUUUAUCAUUAGUUAAUUUGGUUGUAACGACCGGCAAGGAGGUAUUACCCUCUUUACGACGGUUAACUGUACAAUAGGGGCGUGGGUGAAAACAGUGAAACGCGUUAAACUGAUCGCCUUUUAUUGAUUUCAGUUUUUCAAAGGAUUUUUAACAAUUCUGUUUUUGAAUGGUCAAAAAAAAAGGGGGGGGGGAAUUAACGAGCAACGUCGAGCGGGACAGCUGUAUAGUAGUAUUAUUAAUAUGUGGAUAAGUACCUACAAAAAAAAAAAAAUAUAAAAACAAAUAAUUUAAACUAAAAAUGCUUAUAAAAAACUUCUACAUUACACACAACUUGUUAUUUUGUUAACACCAAUUACUUAUGAUGAACCUAGCGUGAAAUUGCAAAACAUUUCAUCCACAUGAAAUCAAAAAAAAACUAAUAAAAUUUCCAGAAACGUACACAGUAAAUUUCAAUUUUAAUAAAAUCCGCGUACCUAUCAUAGUAAAAUCAAUAAAUUUUCCUCGUUACGCUUGGUGUCUAAAAUUUAGCAUUUAAUGUUUGAAUAAUACUAAAAACAAAAAAAUAUUUUUUAUCAUCCUGUUGUCGUAUACAUGCGGUUUACCGAACGAAUAAAAAAUUUUAUACAAAAUGAAUAAUAAUUGUACAAUAUUAUUUUAUUAUAUACAGUGCAUCAAUACAAACUUGUGGUCUAUAUUAUACCUAUACACCAUUAUGUAAGAUUGAGAUGUCGGAUGUUUGGCACCCAUCUCGUUUUGCUCAGUUCUUCUAUAUAGGUUCGGUAUUCUUAUGGUGAUGAUUAUAAUACAGUGUAUUAGCGUUGAUGCAUGUUAUUAAUUUUAAUUCGAAUGUCGAAAACGAUUCGAGUGUAUGUAGAAUUAAAACCGCAACACGUGUUUAAAAAAUCCUAACUGUCCGUCUUAACGUUGUUUUUUUUUCUUCAAAUUGCAUAGUUGAAAUUUAAAAAAAAAAACUAUCGUUUUAAAAUACUGGCCGUGUACGAUUAUCAUGUACUCUAUCUAAUGCUUAUAGGUUUAUAUGUAUAUUCUGAAAAAAAAAAACAGUAAUUAAAGCAAAAACAAAAAGGCUGAAUGCUAAUGGAUGUGCUGUUGUUCUAGGAAGGAAAUUUGGAAAUUAUAAAAAUAAAAAUAAAAUAAAUGUAUAUGUGUCCUUCCUUGUCCUCAACUUUCCACCAAUAACAUUGGCACACCGACCAGCAGUCAGCUAUUAUUUUUCUUCUUGUUGCCAAGGUAACCGUGAAAUCAACAAAAAUUACACGAACGAUUUCUAUAGUUUUGUCCAUUUACUAAGAAAACUAUGAAGUAAAUCAAAAAAUAACCUCCUCUAUGCACCGUUUAAAUAAAAAAACCUAUAAGAAAGUUUUACAUAAAGUUUAUGAUUGAAGCGAGAUUUCUGGUAAAUAUAAAAGUUGUUUACGGACACAAAAAAAAAAAAAAAAUCCAUAUUAUAGUAAAUUCUAAUACAUUUCUCGUUUUGCUUAGAAUCUAAUAAAUAGAGUGGGUACGUCGUACUCAGAGAGUAGACACAAUAAUAUUCGAACAGUGGACGACAAUAAAACCACAAAAAAACGAAGUUUCUAAAAUUCUUAUUGUUAAUGUAUAGUAAAAAAGUAGUUUUAUUAGCUGCCGCAAUUACCUGUCACAAAUAUUAAUUGUUUUAGGCGGGACAAACACGAUUAAAAAAAAAAUUGCGAUAUAUUAUCCAUAAACGGGUGCUCGAAAAAAAUUUUUAAAAAAAAACUAUGUCAAAAUAGUGGCGUAACGCUAUAGGAGUGAGACCAAAUUAUAAUAAUAUCAAUAUCUUUUUAAUGUUAUACUUACGUCUUAAAUAGGUGGGUUAUAAUAAUAGACGUGUUGGUUCGUCCGAAUUAACGAUAAUAUCCAUAUAGACACAAUGCAUAAUAGUUGUUAAUUUAUACAUAGUAAACCUAAGUAUUGGCUUUCCCUAUGACUGAACAUUUCUAUACACAAUAGAUCACCGACUCGAAUCAGUCACGGAACGAAGAACAGAGAUGAAAAAAAAAAAAACCUCUGGAAAAAAAAAAAAGUCACAAUUAAGUACCGUAUACCUAGACGUAUAGUAGGACCCAACGGUCAUUUUACUUAUUUAAUAAUGACAAAGAAAAAAAAAAAAUGAAAAUGAAAAUACAAAAUUAUAUUUACGCCGAAAAAAUAAUUUUCACAAAUACGUACAGUAGAAACCGUUUGUAAUGACAUUCAAGUAACUAGUUAAAAACAAUCAUAACAGAUUGUCAUUAUAACCGAAAUGACAAAAUAAUAUUUAAAAACUUUAUUUUGUGUGCAUGUGUAUUUUAUAUGAACAUAAUAAUAUUGUAUUACAAUCAAUGUGUCGUAUUGUUAUCAUUAAACCGUGCAGACUCCAAUACAUACAAAAAAAUAAAUAAAUUGUUUUAUUAUUUUAAAAUUAAAUUUUUAGUGAAUUAAAAAAAAAAAUAAAUCUUUUUUCUUAGCUUGUACUUUGUUUAAAAAAUCACGCAGUACUUUCAUGUAGCAAUAUCGGUCGUUAUAUUAUUAUACUUUCGAUAAUACGGUCAGGCACGUAUACAAAAACAAAAAUUCGGGCGGGGUACAUAAAAAAUUUACAAUAAUACCAAUGUUAUCGAUAUUUUAUAAAAAAAAUAUCAAAUUACUAUAAAUAAAUUACACAACUGUUAAUAUUCUAGAAGGGGGUUGAACCUCCCCUGUAUGCGUGCCUGAUUACGGUCAUUAUAGAUAACAGAUCGUUCCAAUAUAAUCAAAAAUAAACAUCAUAACAUCCGUACAAUUGUAUUAAUAAGUAAUAAGUAAAAUAUUAUUAGAGUUUUGGGAUCUUCGAAUUGAGAUCAUAACACCCGAUUCGUCACUACAUCCGAUGUCAUUAUAAUCGGUAUCUACUGUGUUAUAAAUUACAUUUUUUUUUCCUGUAAUUCUAUUAAUAACUUUCUACACCGAUUUGCAGUAUAAUAACUGCGUACAUCGCGUUCGAUUUUAUACGAAAUAUUAUUUUCCAACAAUUAAUUUAAUUUCACUGGAUUUCAAUUAAGACGGGCGAAUGCGAUUCGUUUUUUUCAUACGUUUAAACCUAUGAGUUGGAGUAAAAUAAACACACUUCCAGUAUAGUUCAAUUACUGUUCUAAAAAGUGUUAUGAUUCGAUGUAUAGUUUUUUUCUGUCUUGUAGGAAAAAUAUUUUCAUUUUUUUUUUUUUUUUUUUUUUUUGUGACACUUUUAAGUACGAGAUUAUUUUAAGAACAUCGAACAAUAUGUAUGCUUUCUAAAACACAGACAAGGAAUCUAAGUAUCCAAUAUUAAAAUUGGACCGGUGAUAGUGAAUGAAUUGAACUCCAACUUAUUAGGUCUAAACCGGUAUAUGCGUCUGUAAAAAAUGGCUGUACCCCCUUAAAUGGGUAUCGGGCAAUUGAUUAGUGAAAAUUAUCAAGAUGGCCAUUUAAUGGUAAAAAAUAAUUAUCAAAUUUUUAUACAUUUGUAGAAAAUUUAGAAGCCACUCAAACGAAAAUAUGACUAAUUUGUUUUUAAGAAUUUUUUUUUAUUUUUACGUGAAAUUACGAAAAAAUAUGCCUAUAAAUACGCAUUGUUAAACGGUAAAGAAUUUUAAAGAAGGAUAAUUAUUUUUGCGAUUACACGGUUAACCGUGUAAUAAUAUAAUUGUAUUAUAUUUUGAUGUUGAUAACUUAAAAUUAUUAUUUUAUAAAUUUAUAUUACGCACAAUCGUUGAGACUAUCGAUUUAAAAAAAAACAUUCUUAUUUGAUUAUUAUAAUUACUUAAAAAAAAAACCAUUCUUAUUUGAUUAUUUUAAUUACUUACAAAAAAAAAAAAAACCUUCCCAUAGUUUACUGAAACCAAUAAAUCUUCGGUUUGCGUACAAUCUAAAAACAAAUUUAAAAUAUUUCAAAACAUUUUUUUUCCCUUUUAAUAUUCCCGCACAACGAGUUCAUAUAACGUCAGUAUAUUUCGUUAUUUAAAAUAUAUUCAGAUACGGUUUGCUGUUAAUGAUUUUACGCGAUGCACGCAUUUCUAUGUUGUGUUGCUAAAUUGAUGAGGAUAAAAAAAAAUUCUCUAAUUAACUAAAUAUAUGUUGUGGCUGUAACGGAAUUUCGGAAUACACCUAUAUUUUUAAGUAAAUUUCAAUGUCAAUUUUUUUUUUUUUAAAAAUCUAAAUAAUACAUUAUAGAGUAAAAUAAAAAAAAAAACACUAAUUAAAAUCUAAAUAAUUGUGAAGUGAGUUCCCCAUUUAAAAAUUGUAGAAAAUGUAUACUACUUUCUUAUAAUAGUUUAUAUAUAUUCUGUGUUAUGAAAUUAUCGAAAUUACUGGUUCCACAUUUCUGUCAAUUUUAUUUAAACGAUCGUAAUCCCCCUCUACCUAUGGCUAAUAAUUUUUACUCUGAGUGUAUAGCGAAAAAGCUACUUUAGUUUUGCCAGGACGUGGUUUUUUUUUGCUCGAAAAAAACUUAGUAAAAUUGCCUAAAAUUGAUCGCAUUGCAUCUAUGCGAAUGAUUUCCGUUACUUUUUUACAAUAUAAACAAUUUUGAAUACAAGAUGAUUACAAAUAGUUUUGUUUUUUUUUUUAAAAUGUUCGUUGAAUUCUGAGUUCCCUGGAUUCUUGAAUCCAACGAUUUAAAACAAAAUAAACUGGACUAAAUAUAAUGCCAGUUAGGUAUCUUAAAAAUUCACCGUGUACCGUUCAAAACCGUUUUUUGUUUACAACGAUGUAUCGUUUCGUGUUCAAACUAAAUAAUCACCUUAUAGACCUAUAAUCAUACCAAUAUUCCAAUCUUUUCUGCGCUUAAAACACAACAGCCUCAAGUGGCCUAAUAUUACUCGUGGUGUGAAAUACCUAAUAUACCUCUGGAUUUUUGAAAUUUGUUUUUUAAUUGAAUUAGAACGAAAAAUACGUAGGUACAGUAAGUACUUAUAAUGUUAUUAUUUAUUUAUUGCGUAUAAUUGUUUUACGUUCUCAUGACGAAAGUCCCAAUUAUUUGACGGACCAUAUCCGCGUUUUCCGCGCGGUCCGUUUGACCGUUCUCGAUGCGAAUUUGCUUCGGUUUUAUACACGACUGUGGCGGUAGCGUGCCCUUUGGCAAUAAUACAAUUUAUUUUCUGGUCAAAUUAAAAUAUAUACCCGUCUAAUUAUAAAUAUCGUAGACACGGUAUAUUUUUUUAAAACAUUUUUUUUUUUUUUUAUAAUAUAUUUUAUAUUAUUAUAAGGAAACCCAGUGUUAACUGCGAACGCGGUUACGUCUGACACCCUAUCGUGGACAAAAAAUAAAAAAAAAAACCGCCGAUAAUUAUAUACACAUAACGCGUAAUAGUCGUUCCGAGUCAAUGUGGUCACUGGUAGGAGGUUCCCGAGAUAAAUAACCGAUUCCCAGCGGGCCUAUCUCGCACCUGUGUGUGCCUUAUGAAUAUAAUAAUAAUGGUAUAACUGUACACAAAAUCAGCAGAGAUGGUAAUGAAGCAUCUGUACAGUCACGAAUCCGUUCUUUUGUCAGUAGUCCGAGGCGGCAACGGAGCACGCAUUACUAAUUUUUUUAUAAUUAUAUAUUAUGUCCCCCCCUUCUCAUAUACCUUUACAUACAUACACGCGAAGCGAUCAUAUUAUUAUUAUUGUUGUAUACACAUGCACACGAAAAAAGAAAAAAAAACGGGUCAUGUAUAUUAUUCGUGUCCGACAUUAUUCGGGGAUCAGUGUGUAUUAUAGAUACGCACACACCUACCUAGGUACCGAUAAAUCGCACGCAGACGCGGGAUUAAAGAAAGUGUAUUGAGAUUAUAUUAUUCGAGUAUAGGUACUGACCCGUACCUAGUGCAAUAUUGUAUAUUGUAAUAAUUAUUUUGUAGAUUUCGACUACCUAUAGGUACGUAUGACGACACGGCUGCUGAUGUCGUGUAUUGGGUACUUGCAAUUUACUGGUGUGAACGGACGAGGAGAGUGAGGGGUUAUGUGCCUCUUGAGCCGUGGCUUAAAAAUAUAACACCUCUGAGCAUUUAUUCGGAAAUUUAAUCUGAACAUUUUUUGUCACGACCAAGUUAAUAGGGAAAGUUCGGUUAAUUGAAUAAGUGUCGGAUUAGGUAUAAAACAAUAUUUUACACAGUUUACUCGUGAUUUCGCUAUUUACCGCCUAUAUCCCCUCCCUUUGAAAAUUCCUGGAUUCGCUGUAUCUCCCAGUUUUCACCCUUGUCCUUGUAAAUAAUUAUAAAAAUACAACAAAACCAUUUAGUUAAUAUGAAUAGGUACUACCUUGUCUAUGACAAGUUGACAAUCAAAUUAAAAUAAUAAUAAUCGUUUUUAUCAUCUGUGUCGCCGAGGUAAACCGUACAAAUGGUUUUUUUUUUCAUUCCGAAAAUACCAUAAAACCUUUGUCAGUCGCCAUUCCGGGGUUACAUUUCGAGAUAAAGAAGACGGGGAUCUCCCUCCUGUUUCGACUGUUAACUGUGCAAAGUUUCAUCGAGAUCGGAAUAAAACUGUAGAUAUGUAUAGCGGACAGACGUGCAUAUAAACAGAAUUUCAUUUGAACAUAUAACAUUAUUAGGUGUCGUUUGGAAUAUAUAGGUUUGAAUUCGGUGAUAACAUUGACCGUGAAUAUAUUUGUACAUCUAUAUAAUAUGAAGUGUAUAAGGUAAAUGAUAAUAUUAUAUAUUAUUAUUGUUGUACUUACAAUCAACGAUCAAAAUAAUAACAAUAUUCAGAGAUAACCGGUGAACUUACAUCGUGAUGAUGGCGGAAAAUUCGGAUUUGCCAAAGUUCGAAAAUCUGAACAUUUUGUUUGAAAUCCGGAUUUUGGAUUUUAAAACUUUGAUUUCGAUUUAUUUUAUACGUUUAUCAUAAAUCAAAUAUAUAAUUGUAGAAUUUUUCCCAAAAAAAUUAUUUCACUGCGGUGUCUGUUAAGUUAUAACAUAUUUUUUUCUAAUCAUUUUUAGAUACUUUCAGCGACUCACCUAGACCAAAUUAACUGAAGCUAGGCAAUUAUAGUGGUAUUAUAGACAGAUUGAAGUGAUCAAAUUUUGAUUGGAUUUCAAUAUGAAUUUCACCGUGUUAUUGCGGGAGGAGGAUGUUUUUAAAUUGUGUACGCCUAUACAGACCCCCUCAAAUAAAGUCAAGAUGUUAAAAUGUUGUAUAUGCAUGAUAUAAGUAUCAAGGACGUUCUUUUCGGUGGUUUCUCCACCCUCCGACUAUUUUUAUGUUCAAAUUUCAAGUCUUCACAGGAUAUACCAGAUUUUAAAUAAGUACCUUUACAGACUAAAAUGUAAUAAAAAUCUGACAACCAUAACUAUUUAAGAUAGAUUAAGAAAAAAAAAAUAUCUUUAUUGUUACGGUGACAAGUUGGCUGGGAGAAAAUACAACUCGAGUAACAAAUGACAGAGUUUUGCAGCUAAUGGGUGUUUUAAAGUAUUAUAAUAUACAAUUCAAAAAAUCCUAACGACAUUGUUAGAAAUGUAUCUAAUAAAAAGACUGACAUAUUUCACACGAUGGGUACGAUGGGCCACUGUUGUAGUGAAGUUAAGAAGGUAGGAUAUAGAGGUGAAUUUAAUGUAUAUCUGUAUGCAACGAUUGAUCUUUGCUAAUGAAAAGCGAUUCUGAGCAUACAGUUAUACAUGUUUUUAAAAACCGUAAUAUUACGAUUUGAAAAUAAUACGUCUCGUAAACCAAUACAUUCCUCGCUCUACUCAGAAUCUAAAAUAAUAAUAAAAAUAAAAAUAAACCAUAAUUAUUUUAUAAAAUUAAUAAAAUCCGGAUUAUUUUUGCAAUAUUAUUUAGUUUUUAUUGUAAUAAAACGUUUAUACAUUUUUAUUCUUCAGUCUAAGUUUGGUUUACGUUCUCCGGCCCGACAGAUAAAUCAAUUUUAAUUAGAUAAGUAUUCUCGUUGUACCUACGCGUUUUGAAUAUAACAUAAUACGCGGACUUAAGUAAUUUAUCCGACAACAAGUUUCGAGUUACCCAAUAGGUUUUUAUAGCAAUACAAUUAUGUAUAUCAUUCUGUAUAUCACCUGUGUAUAUAAUAAAUAGAUUUAAAUCGCUCAUUUCCACUUGGUAGGUAGUAAUUGGCUCUUGCAGGUUUAUGUGAUCAUUUUGUUUGGACAAACAUUGAAUAUUUAAUAAACCGCAGAGCAUAUUAUAUUACUCAACCGAGAUUAUAUCUCCGUGUAAUCGAGAGUUAUUUUUCAAACCAGAUCGUAUAAUGUUAUUUAAAAUCAUUGUUUUAUCCGGUAAACACCGCACUUUAGUAGGACAAUUCCACUAGACCGUGGCUCGUGGCGUCAAGUUCCACGAGUAAAUGGACAUGACUGUAUGUGGUAACAAUAUAUUAUAUUAACAAAACUAUUGUAAUUCUGUAAAUUUGAUUCCAUACAUCAUAUGACUAUUUGAAAAAAAAAACACGUUUUUAUCGUUUAAUUAACGGUAAUUUUUAAAUUUUCAUUUGCGACGACGACGGCCGUCUUUGGUAUUCAAUUAAUUACGAUAUUAUACAAUACGAACUCAUUAAAAUUCUAGUUUUCUAUCAGUGUUGUUUCGCUAUUAAAAUUGAUGAUUUAUCAACGUGUUGAAUGAAUUUUCGUGAAUUUUUAAACGUUUAAUAGAACAUUAACCAUUGCGCGAUCGUGGUAUAUGCGUAUUCGUUUUGGUGUGACAGCUGACUCAUCGUUGUACAAUUAUUUCGAAAUAUUAGAAUAUACACAUUGUAAAACAGCUGGGUCGCGAUUAAAGGAAACGUCAAGGCUAGCAUUAAAAAACGAUUAAAGACUUAAAGUUCCUUUUGGAUUUGGAUACGGUACCUGCACGGAAUAUCCAAAAGUCCUAAAUUCCGGAAAAUAAAAAACUUCGCCCGUUUUGUUCAGUGCCGUUACUGUCGAUUGAUCCAGUAGUCCCGAUCUAUACGAACGUACCGAGAAAAGUUCGUCAUAACAAAAAAAUCUAAUUAUUUCUUUUUUUUUUAUCCUAAAGGGCUUUGGGACAUUAAUUUUAUUUAGUGUUAAAUAAUAGUGGUCUUGUAAUAAUUGUAAGUUUCUCCAGCUGUAGACGCGUUAGUUGUUUGUUAGGUCGGACAUCCUUUUUAAGGACUUCGUCGCGAAUUAAAUCGGUUUUUUCGUUGGGUUGCCUAAUCUGGCAGGUACCUAUAUAAUAUAUGACAUAUUACUUCGUCUUUCUUCAUUUCUACACAUUUUCAGCCAGUACGAUGCUGUCAAAUCUUUAUUAAGAAAGUUAUUUGAGAUUAUCAGUUGUAUAUAAUAGUGAGCGUGAUCUGAUUAGUAGAUUCGUAAUUUGUGGGUUUGAACUAAACGUAUCGGAAACAUUUUCGUCAUCUGUGCGGUAAGAAGAAGAGAAAAGCGGUUUUGAUUUUUUCCUAUUCAUUGGAUUCGUUGCGAUAGAGUAUAAUAUCUGUGUAUAUACAUAUAGAAGUCAAGUUCCGUUUACUUUUAUCGGACGUGGAUUUCACAAUUUUAUACUAUUGACGAUUUCGAUUGGAAAAACAGUUUUAGUUGAUUGAGCAAUAAACAGGUACGUUAAAUAUAUAGACAUGCGUCGACGAACAUAUUUGUUAAACGCGUAUAAGUUCCUGCAUUCCGCUUAUCGGUGACAGUAUACUUAUAUAAAGACGAGCGCGGUUUCAUGAUCAAUUAAUGACGCACGGUUGAAACGUAACUUUGUUUAGACGAAAUUCCCGAAAAUAUAUUAUAAUGUUAUGUUUUUAAUCAUAUCGUCAGAGAAAAUAUAGAAAACUAACUUCGUGCGACGGAGAUUUCAAGACUGUUAAAAUUGGAAAUACUUUUAAAAUGUUUGUAUUUUUAAAGAAUGUUCACAGUUUAACAAUCUAAAAUGUAAAACAAACUUCCACGGCACGAUUUAUCAGCAUACUAUUAUUAUCACGUGAUUCUUAUUUUGGUGCGUUUUAAUUUUGUAUACAUUAUUUUAAACAAGCGUUUUUAUAGGCGACGAAAACUCAAUUCGGACGUCAGCAUUAUUGAAACAAAUGGUCGACACUUCAAAAAUAGACAUUUUGAUUAGAUUUGGUGUGCGGUAAAGUCGGAAUAGUAAGACUAUAUGUAACUAUAGAGUAUUGUUGAAAUCGAACUGAAAAAUCAAAAUUCGUUUUAAAUUAAAAUUAAUCCGAUUACUCUGCACAGUCUAUAAUCCGGAGUCGUUAUACUUUAUGCAUUAGGUAAUCGUGAAAAGAAAAAAAAACCGUUUCAUUAUACCUACUUUUUAAGUUCUUUUUAAGUUUCCGUUUGCAGUUGUUGGGUAAUCGAAUCGCCUAUACGUGAAAAUAUAUUAUAAGACUAUAGUGAAAGGCACAGGCUAAGACUCAAUACAGAACAUAGAUUACACAAACUAUCGAUAUUUUUAAUGGAAUACAGGUGGUAUGUUAUACCACCAUUGUUUUUACAGUAAAUUUUACCGAACGUAAUUUUUCAACUAUAAUGUGUGCGCAAAUGUUCAUUACUUGUAUAAAAUAAAAUCGGUAGUAACCAGGCAUACUGUCUAUUUAAAAAAAAAUAAUAUAUUUUAAUAUCAAGUACAAAAAACGCUUUUUAAUCUUGUUCUCUUAUAUUUUGUAAAAUUUAUAUACUAUACAUAAUAAUAUACGCUAGCUAAUAUGUAUCUAUUUUGUGCCCGCCAUUUUGUUCGGGUUAAUGUUUUUCCCGUUUCGAUUCCGUUCGGGUUUGCGUAUAUAUAUGCAGACGCCCCAUUUACAGGGGGACUCUGGGACUGCAGCCCUCCAUGAAUUUGAUAAGAUAGAGCUCAGCCCCCCACGGUUCUCAUGUUAUAAACAAAAAAAAUCAAUAUUUGUUAUAUACAUCUUCGAAAUACUAAUUUUAUUUAUAAUAAAUUAAUUAAGAAAGAUAAUAUUUUUUUUUUUUGAUAUUGAUAGCAAAGAAAAAGUGUAUAAAAAACAGAUGUUUGUAAUCAAUCAGGUUCUUGGUUAAUUGGUGUCUAAUUAACGAUACGUCGGUAUAUGAACGUUAUGAUAACGGAUUGAUAUCAAUACACCUUAACGGUGCGUACACCUUUUAUCAUAUUUUGUUAUCACACUCAAACUGUUUAUUAGUAAUAUAGAAAAUAUAUGGUAAGAUUUAGGUAAAACUGUAUAUGUACUUAUAAAAUAGUGAGCCUCCCCCCCAUUACAUUUUGAAAACCUGAUGCCUCUAUAUGAGUGAGCAGUCCUUUAAAAAUAUAAUUGAGGUAAUGAUUUCUUGUUCCGUCCUGGUGCUGCUUUACUGUAUGUUUCAUUGCAAAUAUCAGCUCUUAAUACACAUCCAAUAAGUUACGAAUCGCUGUCCAUUUUCCUCGGUCUUCGUAAAUGGCAAAUCAAAUUAUUAGCGACUGGAACAUAAUCAUUUUUGUAGGAUUUUGAAACGAAAAGUGCCAUAAUAUAUAACAUACAGCCUAUACAGAUGCCUAUAAAUUUAACUGAAUAUUUGUCGAGGAUCCGCAACUAAAACGAUAGUAUCGCUAGUAACAACUAAAUCAUAUGUAUAUAAUUAUAAACAUUAAUUUUAAACUAGUCUUUUGCCUACACAAAAACCAUUAAAAUAUUUAAAAAAAAUUGUUGCGCUUAAGUAAAUAUAGACAUUAUUUUAGUUGUCAAUGCUGCUGUAGGCACGUUUCAUGUGCGAAGACAAUAUAUGUGAUAGACAUUUCGGGAGUAGACCGUGUUAUUUAGUGAACCAUUUGUCCGUGGACUAAAUAACAAAUAUGGUAUACGAGAGUUAUUACUCGUAAUCGUUGUUAUAGAAUACGCGAUAAUUAAAAUUGAUUUUUCUUCUAUGUUGGUCGUAUAAAAAGCUAAUAAGCGGAUUACAUCCGAUUUUCAGAACGUAAUUAAACUACACGCGGCCGACAUUAACGAUUUCGAUACCACACGAGGAAAAACGAAGUUCGGCUAUUACAAUAUGCGCAUACGGCCAAUAAUAUUAUAUAGUUUGACCUAAAUAGAGUUCACCGUCUUCGGGAUGUCGGGAAAUUAAUUGCGCACAGUAGGUACGGGGUAUGCGCGCUACAUGUAUAUGAUUGCAACACGGACAGCCGACGGGGACGAUACACAUUAAAUUGCAAAAAAAAAAAAUAAUAAAAAAUAAAAAUAUAUAGAAAACCGCUUAGAGGGCUUUACCCGGACGGCGCGUGGUCUCGACCGGUCACGAGCACCCGAACGCGAAACCCCGUUCGUGGACAGUAACGCUGUACACGUAAUAUUAUUAUAAUAUCGAAACACGAAAGCAGUUUUCUGGUGUUGUAACGUGACACGAGGCCUGCGGUUUCGUAUCAAAAAAUAAAAGAUAUAUAUAUAAAUUAUAAAAUAUAUCGCGUACCUAUCUCGAUAUCUGCGAUCAGUGAUCACGGGUCGUCGAACAAAACAAUGGACAGUAAUAAUAAUGUAUAAAUCGAAACUAUAACGAUUCUAAUCGAAAAGUGUAAUGUAUUGUUAACAGGACUUUUAAACUACCUUAUUAAUGCGCUAUACGUCUUUCCUUAAUACUAUUAUACCUAAUUAUUAUUAUUAUACUCGUACAAAAACCUACCAAGUCGAUCGAUAGAGUUUUUGUUUCAUAGAUAAAAUAUAUCAUAUAUACGUAUACAGACUUCUUUGGCUUCAUAUUGUUUACCUGGACAAAAAUCAAGUCCGGAUACGAUCCGGAUGUAUUUUUUUUUUUUCGGUGUACCGAUAGUUUUUGAAAAAUACUAUUUGUAUACGAUCCUUUAGGACGUAUGUUUACUAUUCAGGAAGUACAAUAAUCGAGGACGGCCGUAAUACGAGUGAAAUAGUAAAACGAAUUAACCAAGCCAACCUAGCUUUUAACAAUAAGAAAACCCUACUUACUUCAAAGAACGUUACCCUUAAAGUCAGAAAAACCUAUUGAAGACACAUACGAUAUAAUAUGGAGUGUAGCCCUAUAUGGGUAUAAGACCUAGACAAUAUCAAGAGAGGAGCAAAAAAGUUUGGAAGCUUUUGAAAUGUGGGGUUGCAUAAGGUGAUAUUGGAAAUAAGGUGGAUGGACAGAAUAACUAAUAAGGAUUACUAAAACUGAUUAUAGAAGGAAGUGUGGAAGGAAAGAAUCGCGGAGGAAGACCAAGACUAGAAUACGUACAGCAGCUAAUAAGGGACCAAGGAUACAAUUCAUAUGUACAAAUGAAAAGGAAAACGGAUAGUAGAGAAGAGUAGGAAUUAGCUGCAAACCAAUCUUCGAAUUGAAACCAUUAGAGAGAAAGGGAAAUAUACGAUCCUUUAAUAGUUUAACACAAUUUAAGUGAUUUCUGAAAGUCGGAUUUAUAAAUAUUAUUUGUGUUUUUAUUUUUCUCCAUUUCCAUUGGAAAUUAACAGAGACGGCGAUAUAUUAAAGCGGAGUUUAUUGCUACUUAAACGGGUCUAAUGACCGAACUUUGUUGUAGAAAAAAAAUGAUAAGUUCAAAAAACCUUUUUUUUUUUAAAGAAAAAAAAGAGAGAAAGAAAGAGCAAGAUAUACAGUUUUAAAAUGUCGAAACACAAGCGUUUAAAAUAUUGUUGUAAACCGAUGUUUGAAUGUCGUUUUUGAAAAUUUUCUCAAGUGACACAUAUAAAUCUCAGUUUUAUUAUGAAUUCUACACAAUGACGAUACGAGUAUGAUACUGUAUUAUUAUAGGUACGGCGGAACAAAAUUAUAAUUAAAACGAAUUAUUUUCUUCUCAAUAAAACGCGUUGUAAAGUAUGUUUUUAUUUUACGAUAUUUUAUUUGUUUGUUUGUUAUUAAAUCGAGGUUAUGCUAUAGGAAAUUAUUUUAUGAAAUACAAUAUACCACGAUAGUGUUAUAACGAUAUAGGCGGUGUACAGGUACGUUUAUUUUGAAAAUUAAAUUCCACGAAAGCAAAAACAUUCGAAAAGAUUUUAAUUUCAAAUUAUACACUGCCUAUAUUGCCCGUCGGUUUAUAAAUAUAUAUAUACAGUGAAACCUCCCUUAACGGACACCUCUAAAUAGCGGACAAAAUUUCGGCGACCGAGAGUGUCCGCUAUUCAGAGGUUUCACUGUAUAGGUUUAUAUAGGUUUAUAAACAAUGUCUCGAGGAGCUCGUAUACCGCGUCAACGGAGCCGCGCACAAUGACUGUCAAACCGUACAGCUACUCGUCAAUUUGAUUUUAGAGUAUUGUGUUCUUUGUGUAAAACAAUAUAAUUGCGACACAGGUGAGUUUGCGGACACCGGGUACGGGUACGACGUCUUCUACACGAUGUCCGUGCAGACGUCUGUGCAGUACGCGAAAUAGAAAUACGGCGAAAUAGUGGUGGCGUGUUGUCAUUAUUCAUUGUUUGUUAGUUCGGACGCGACAGUCAAAAACGAUUCCGAUGAGCGGUUUGAAUUAUUAAAAAUUACGCGUUAACACGCUUGUUUACAUUUUUUUUUUUUCAGUUUUUCAGUUUUUCAUUUUUCAAACGAUUGUCUGAAUAGUAUACAAUAAUAUUACGAGCAGUACGUUGAACUGCGAGGAAUUUACAGGCGUUAACUGACGUCUUCGAUAUUGUUCUACCGUAAUUUAAUAUAGCGUAUGUCUAUUUGAUUUUUUGAAAUACUCGUUCACUGUGUUUAUCCGUCGCGUGUAAUGCAAUUUAUUGGCGUUAAGAGAAUGUGAGAGUAUACACGUUUUAAGUGUGUGUUUUUCUCCUUUUUAUUUUUUUUUUAAGUAAAUAGCUAGGUAAUACCCAUGUACCUACUCUAAAACUGACACGUGAUGACAGUCGGAUAUAAUAUUAUAUUGCGGUCAUACCGUAUACUGUUAUUGAUUGGAAAUUGACGUGUGGGACGAAAAUAAACAAUUUUACGAUAUAAUGUACAGUUGGUGUACAAAAUGUUUUGUAAUUUUUCGAUUUAUUUGGUAAUCGAUAAUUUUGUGCAGGGAAAUUCGGUGAAAUUUUGUAACUGUCGCCCGUGACAAGAAAAAAGUUAAUAUUAAUAUAAAUAAUAAUGAAAAAUCUUGUUUUUUUUUUUUUUUUUUUACGUCGCGUGACCAAAAUGGAACUCAUAACAGAAAACGCAAAAUUGAAUUUUCUUAUUCGAAUUUCAAAAUUCCAAAGAGCGAGUCCAAAAUUAUCGACUGAAUAAGAAAUAAAGUAAAGUUUCAACAAUUUCGAAAUUUUAAUCAUUUUUUGAAUUUAAGUGCAAUUUUUAUUUUACUGUUUUUAAUCUAAAGUCGGCAAAUUCAAGAAACGUUUAUUUUUAAAUUUUUUUAACGCUUCACAUUGUUCUUAAUAAUUACACAUGGAAAAUCUGACAACAAAAUUACAACAUGCCGGUUUUGGACAGGAUCUAUAAUUGUAGCUAGGGUUCGCUAACAUAUCGAAACCGGAUUUUUUAUAUUUUUAUUUCUCUAAAAAUAUAAAUAGACUUAAAUUUUGGAAUAUUUUCUAAAUUACACUGGAAAAAACUACUUUAAUUAGUCAAAAUGGUCAGACAUUGUUUGUUCGCAAUGGUUUUAAAAGCGUUUUCAGUGUGACAACCAAAUUACCUUAGUACCUUACUAAGCAGUGGCGUGAUGAAAGAGUUUUAAGAGGUCGUGGCCUCUGAAUGUUUUAGAACGGGUGGGCGGCUACGGAUAAGAACACCACGCGGUAGAUGUUUGAUUAUUAUAAUCGUACGAUCUGUUAAAUGUUUAAUAAUAUGCCCGAUUUAAAAUUUGAAAAUAAUAGUAAUUCAGGAAAAAAAAACGAUUAUUAUAAUAUUUAUGAUUUAUAUUAUCCGAUUUUACAGUUUAUAAAGUUUACAAUACGUUUUCAAGAGGCUUCAGAAUAUUUGAAGGGGUGUUAACUUCCAUAGGGCGCUAAAUGGGGGGAGGCAAAAAACGGGCACAUCAUCGUACGUGUCUCCCUUGAAAAGUCUUUGAACAUUUAGAUCGAUUACUGUCUAUAUUUUUGGGAAAACGUUUUAUUUUGCUCCCGUUCUCUCGAUAAAAAAUCACCUGCCAAACGGAUACCAAGAAUAAGUUCAUGAUGUCCAAUGUAUUUAUAUCGGUCAGUGGUGGCUGGAGGAUGUCACAACUCCCGAAUUAAGUCGACCUCGUGGGCAGGGACGUUUCACUGUGCCACUACAGUACCCAAUAGCUGCAAUUAUAUCCCGAUUUUUUUAUUUUCGUUUGUCAACGAAAAUUGUGUAUGUAAAUAAAUAAAUCAUUUUUUUUUUUUUUAGUCGAUGAUUCAUAUGCGGUACGCAAUACGCGUAUAAUAAUAUAUUACGAUUGUUUACACGGCGGUUUUUGAUUUUUCGCGAAAGAGAAAUCGAUUUAUAUACGCAUGAUAUUUGUUUUUAUUUUUCGUCAACUACACUGCCGCAGUAUUCAUAAUAAUAAUGUAUCUUUUCGUGCAUCGGUCGGCAUUAUUCAAGCACUAAUAAUCACACAAUCGCGUGGCCUCCGGGUUCAUCCGCAAAUCGAGAAUCGUGUGCGCUCUGUGCGCUACUUGGUCAUUUGCAGCGUCGGGCACGGGGCAAUAAUAAUACCCGUGCCUAUAUAAUGUAUAGUAUAGGUAGUAGUGUUAAGCCGCGAUGUGACGUAACUCGAUGUAGGAGAGCAAUACGAACCGCUGAAACCAUUGGAGCAGUGAAGUUAUUAUUAUUAUUGUUAUGUGCACUUUCUAUGCACGUAUAUAGGUACCUACGUAUUAUACACACCCGUUGGCUGUUUUACAAUAAAAAAAAAUAAAUAAAUAAAUAAAUAAAAAUCCGUGCUUCAUUUUUUUUUUUUUUUUUUUUUUUUUUUUGAAAAUUUUUGACAAUACACUUUCUUUUUGAAAGUGUAUAUAAUAAUAUAAUGGAUCACGUUUUGUAUACCUAUACGUAUUAUUACAGUUAUUGCGGGCGAAAUAUGAACUUGCAGCGGUAUAUUAUCACGUAUACAUAAUAUAUGUAAUCGAGUUUAAAAUUAACAUUUAAAAUUAUAUAGGUGGGUAACCUGUGAUACCGGUGUAAAGUAAAUUUUGUGCAGUAUAAAAUUGUAUUAUUAUUACCGCUCUACUCGGUAUUUUCGAUUAAAAACUUUAUACUCGGAUAUUUUCAAUUUUCUCGUUUUCUUUUAUGAAGUUAAAAGUACGCAUCGAAUAAUAGAUAAACCUGACCAAUUAUAGUCGUAAAUAGUAUAGAGAUUGAAAAAAAAAAACUAAAAAUUAAUUUUCUCUAGAAUGAUCAUUGUUUAGAAAAAACACGUUCGAUUUUAUGUGAACGAACCAUGAACGCGUUCAAUUAUUACACGAACGUGAACGACUUUUUUUUGUUAAUUUAACGUUCAUUUGAUAAAAAAAAAUAUCAAUGAUACCUAAUAAAAUUGUAUUUCGUAGCGAAAUACCUAAGUAAACAAUAUAAGAACUGCCUCGAUUUUGGUGGUACUUUUCUGAACUAUAAAGGAUAAUGAAGGACGUAAAGGAAAGAAUACUAUAAAAUACACGGUGUGUAAAUGAGUUUUGUAAACGUGAUAUUAUUUAUUUAUUUAUUUUUAUUUAAUCUCUAUAUUCCCUCCUCCAUAAAAACUUCGGCCUGAUUAUCAUAUUUUAGCGGGCGAUAUAAGUUUUGUUAUCGUCCAUUACUUUUAAAUAAUAUCGUACUUGUACGAUACAAAGUGUGCGUCUGACGUACCUUUAUAAAUACCGAUUAAAAAGUCAUAUAAUAUUGUAGGUUUUUCUUUUUUAAAUGUUUAAAAACUUGCUUCUAAAUUUAUCUUAUUUAUCUGUAAAUGUUGUUUUUUAAACGAAAAAAAAAAUAUUAAUACAUAAAACUCAUUGGGGGGAGGGGGGGGGUGGCGGCAGAAUUUGUUUGCAACUCCUAAAUACGGCCCUGGUAAUUAGUGGUUAAAAUAAUUAUUUAAAUAUUUGUUAUUCGUGAUAUGUACAGUGUAGUCAUACGAAAAUAAAUAAGAGAUGAUUGGAAUAUUAUAUAGGUGUUGUAGUGACUAACCUACAAUGGAUUUUGAACGAGCGGAUGUUUGGCGAGAUCAAUUUUAAAUUCGUUUAAAAAUGUCGAUUACGUUUACGGGGCGUAUAUCAUAUUAUAAUAUAGUUGCAUAAUUUGUUAAUGUGAUCAAAAUAAAUUGGUAAUUAUUGUAGAAUAACGGUAUUACAAUAUAAUAUAGGUGUGUAAAAACAGAAUAAAAUCUAUUUAGGAAAUUCGGUCAAUCAAUAUUAGAGUGAUGGCGUGUACGCAAUUCGAUAGGAGACGUUUUUCUAAAACGACAAGGUUAAGAUGUUAAGAUGAUGGGAUGAUAAUAUACACGAGUUAUUCGAGAAGUCAAAUUCAGUUUUUGCUUUAAAACAAAAAAAAUGUUUCAUUUUGAUUUAUUUUUAUUUUGGUAAAAAUAAUUAUCAUACAUUUUUAAAUUGUGAGUAGAGCGAGGAAUGUAUCGGUUUUACAAUACAAUGUUUAUUUUUUUUUUCUGUGGAUAACUUUUCUAUCACCAAUUUUGCUCUAAUUUACAAUGAUAACACUUUUUCUGAAAGGAAAUUUGACUGGAAUGGUACUUUAGGUAUGUAAUUUUAAAUAAUUCUAUUUAAUAAGUGGGAAAAAUCGGAAAUACGUGAAAUAAUCGGGAAAAGCGGGAAAAUCGGUACAAUAUUAAACAAAUAAUAUUUAAUAAAGAAUAUAUAUAAUGUAUACGUAAUUAUUUUACCAUAAUAAGACAUACAUAUUGUUGACAAAGCAUCACUGUCAACCAAACUCCACUCAGAAUUAUUUUUCCGUUAACAUUGGUUAAUCUUUACGUACAUUAAAUUUCCCCUCUACUGCCUUCGCAACUUCUCACCCACGACAGUGGCCCACUCACGUGCGGAAUAUGUUCGUUUUUUAUGCAUACGUUUUUGAACUUCUGAAAUUCAAACGACGACGUGGUCUAAUUUUUGUCUUAUUUUAGACAAUUGUAUAACAUUUAAUUUUGGUUAUUGCAGUAGAACGAUUCUUUUUAUACAGUUAUACUUAUUGCGAAAAUCUCUAAAACUACUUAACGAUAGGUAAUAAUUUUAAAUUGUGCCGUAUCCAUUGUAGCUACCUACCUACUAUAUUUAAUUAUUUAUUUUUUUAAUACGCCUACACGCGCAAUAUACAAACGGCGGACGGGCAAUUAUUAUUAUAAACGUAUUUUCUUUCGAAAGUUCAAAUUUAAACGAGUUAUCCGGCUUUGCGUGUGCAAAAACGAACUGCGCAUUUCAUACCAGGCGAAAGGCACUAAUUUUUAGUUAAAAAAAAAAAAAAAAUGUUUGAUCGAUUAGAGUAUUUAAUAUGAAGCAAUUUGAUUCGUUUGAUUUGUAUUUUCCCGAUACUUGGAGUUUGUAAUUAACUAAAAAUAAUAAUAAUAUUAUACCUGUACUAAUUGUAUCAAAUUGCGUAGGUAUAAAUAAACUUAUACCUAACAUGGUAUGUCUAAUAGGUUAAACCAUAAAACAUUUUUAUCUAGAUACACGCAGGCGUAUUAACCGUAUUAAUUUGUACAAAUCCUAAUUCUCUCUUUUUAUGAUUAUUAUUAUUAUUUUUUUUUUUUUUUUUGUUAAUUAUUGUUGAACAGUUAUAGCGAGUUAACCGGCAUAGACUAUAACGUAUACAUAAACUAUGAUAACUUGUACGCAUUCAGCGUGUAAACAAUUCAAAUUAAAUAAAAAGUGGGACAAUAUACCUAUAUGGUUUAUGAAAUGCGGACUACUAUAGUGUGUCAGGUGUCUGCAGAAUUGUAGCGUUAUGUUUAAAUUUUAAACUGAGGUUUAUAAUAUACCACGUAUACAGUAGUUAUUUUAUAGACUAAUGAAAAUUGUUUUUUUUUAUUUUAAAGCCUUCAAUUAAAUGUUUGAACUUUUUUAAGUUCGCAAUAAAUAGUUCUAACUCGUCGUCAAGGUAAAAGUUAAAACGCAAAAAACUCAACCGGAUUUUUACGGAUAUUAACUGUUUUUAGUUUUUAUACAAUAAAAUAUAAGAAUUAUUUGACGACACGAUUAAUGAACUUUUUAACUUGUUUCGCUGGACUGGUUAACGUCACAUAAGUAAUGUAUAUUAUUUAUGUCAUAUUUUUAAUCUUAAGAAAAUUGUAUAGAACAUCAAAUAUUGAUAAAAAAAAAUAUAUAUGAUAUUGUUAUAAAUAUGUAUAGACAUAAACCUAAAACCGAUUAAACUAUACUAGUUUUUUUAUUAUUAUUUUCGAGAAAAAAAUAUAGAAUUUGACAAUUUCAAAGUAUAUUUGUAUAAUCGAAUGAUUAUUAUUGGUGCAAAUAAAAAUAAAAACACGUGAGGUUUAGCCCUUCAAUACUCAGCUAAUACUCCCCCCCUUCAAUCAACUCCUCGUCAAGAAUACUAUAUAUAACCACUGUUAAUUAAUAUUUUGGAGGACUUAAGCCCUCACACAGUCACAUCCCAUAAAAUAUUCGAAUAUUUGCGUCUAUAAAUUCGCAAUCUGCUGAAAAUUACAGUAAAAUGUCAUGUAAAACGAAAAUAUUUGAAUAAUAUAUUUUAUCUCGAAGAAUAUAAGUAGUAUAAGUAGGAGGUACCUUACAUCAAACUGUAGGUGUAUAAAGUCUACACCGAUAAUAUGCGGUCUACACGCAGUAUUUAUUUAUAUUUUAACUAUGUUUGCGGUCCACGACGUUAUUGACCAUAAUGUACUAUUCAUUUUACUUAUAUAUAUAUUGAAUUAGUUACAUUUUGUAUAGAUUAAAAAACAACUGUGAGCAGCAGUACUCCGUUACUAAAAUCAAAUUUUCCCCCAGCCGACUUCUUGCAAUGUCGCCGUUAGAAUAUUUAAUUUUUUUUUUUUUUACAUUUAUUUAUGAUUGAUUUAAAAUAUAGUAAUGGUUGACAGUUUUAUUAUAUUUGAGACUGUGGGGAUAUUUGUAACUGAGUAUUUUUGGUGUGAAAAAAUGAAAGUUAAACAUAAAAACGGAUCGGGAGAGAGUAAGAAGUUCAAACCCUCAAAAGGCACAUCCUUGAUAUUAACAUACCAUACAUAAACAAAAUGUCAUCACCCUGAUUUCCGUUUGGAGGUCUGUAGAAGUGUACCGAGCUAAUAAAAAGCGUCCUUCUUCCUCAAUAACACGAGCAAUUCAUAUUGAAAUUCAAUUGAAAUACUAUCAGAAUCUACCUAUAAAACAAUUUUUAAUUCCUGAAUUUGAGCUAAUUUGUUCCAAAGCCAGAUGAAGCCACUAAAAGUGCUCAAAGUAAGCAGGAAGAACAAUGUUUAUAUACAACGGACACAAUGCAAUACUAGUGCCUAAUUGUGUCACUGACAAUAGUCCCGAUAAUCAUCUAAAGCCCCAGCGUCACUUUUAAUGAAGGCGCCGUAAAUUUUUUAAGUUUUAAUCACCCGAUUGUGAACGGGGUAUUGCGUUUAAUUUUUAUGUAAUUUUUUCACUGUAUUUUUCGGUCUAAAACGCACAAGUGUAAAUGUAAUUUCAAAAUAAACCCUCAAUAUCUCUGUCUCACCAUGGUCCCCCCCCCAGGACCAAAUAUAAUAAUGAUAAUAUAAAUUACUCGGCGAAAUGUUUCACCGAUGAUAAUGAUAAUAGCGUAUAAAUUUCCCAAUGCUAUACAGGUAGGUACUUAUUAUUACAAUAACUGUACAAACGCCGAUUGUGAGUACACCGAUUACGCGGAUAUUGAUACAGAUCCACCGUAUCCGCGUAAACUCAACACGUACAUACCAAUAGCUGUUAUACACGUACCCAGCUAUCUAGGUAUCAGAUGCGGUCGUCCAUUGUCUAGUUCUCUGGAUAAUAUCAUUAUUGUUAUUAUUAUUAUCUUAUCCUCUCGAAUAACUAGGCUGUAUACGCACACCUACGGAGAGAUACGACGGCGACGCGCGGUGAGGACUCGCAAUUAUUUGAUUUACGUGCCCGGGAGGAUGUUACGUGACGCAUUACGGUCCAUUAUAGACGCGGGCACGUUUUUCUCUGUUUUAUUAUUAUUAUUGUAUACUGGGUACCUAUAGGUAUCACUAUUCGCUAUACAUUUAAUAUUAUUAUUAUUAUUAUUAUUAUAAACCCCAGGUGCUGACAUGUAUAAAAAAAAAAAAACGUUGCAAAUCGAAACGACACAUACGAAAACGAUUUUCCUUUGAAUUUUUCCGUUGUAAACACGACGGCGGCGGCGGCGCUGCAGCACUGCAAAAUUGGGUCGUUCCGUUGACGUAUUUUUUUUUUCACUCAUCACACACGUAGGAAAAAUACGCAUUAUACGAGCACUGACCGGAAAAUUCCAAUAUUAUCUGUCCGUCGUUGUUGUUAUACGCGCGUCUGCCGCCGCCGCCGCCGCCGCUGCUGUAGUAUAGGUAUUCCGUCGUGAUCCGAAAGUAUACCUUCCUGCCUAUCUAUUCAGAACAAACACAAAUCUAAUUGCCAACUGUAUAAUUUAUUAGGCAUGUAGGUACCUCAAAUACAUUAUAGUUUUCGUGUUUUUUACUGUUGUUUUUUUACGCCGUCUUGCGUAUUUUUCUGUACUAUUGUUACAGUGAACAAUAUCGACGAGAUAAUAUAAUAAUAAUCAUUAUCAAAUUAUCAAUAUAUUAUACAGAGCAAACUGUAACAUAAUAUCGUUACUAUCGGUUAUAGACAACGUGAUAUUUACUGGACUAUAAUAUCGAUUCCAUUGCGAUUCCUAACCGAACCUAACAUUUAUUUUAUAUUUAUGGAACGAAAAUAACAUAGUCGUAUUCAAAAAUGUCAGCGCUCGGAACUAUUUUCCCGAGGAUAUCGAAAACCCGAUCGGUCACACCAACUCAGAAUAUCCCGUGACCCGAUUCGGCAAUUCCUGUGACCUACUCGACGACGGUUUUUCCAUUUUCUUUUCCGCUUUGUCUAAACCCGUCGUUGUUUUCCAUCGGCUAUAGGUUUUACGUUCCUUGCGGCAAUAUUUGCAGAUUCGGACGGGUACCUACAUAGCAUAGACAAGGUUUUUAUUUUAGAUCGGUUUGCAUAAUCUAUAAUCUGUAUUUUCCCCCCGUGGUUUCCGGAAAAACGUGUCCUAAUCCCGAAAAUAUCCAUUAUUUACCUAUGAUCUAAAAAUAUUUUAGAUAUAUCAACGGUUGAAAAAUAAUUUUAGUUUAUAUUCAAUAGUAAACUAUUGUAGGUGAUAAAGAAAUUAUACCCCUAUAAAUUCUAAAUCUUCAAGACCGAACAGUUAUAUCAUCGUUGUUAUUUUUUUCAAAAAUAUACCAAUUUAAGAAUUGGGUAGUAGUAAUGAUAAUAUAAUAGUAAAUAUUUUAAGUGGCUCGUUUGGUUUUUUACGAUAUGUACGAAAUCGUUAAUUCGUGUAACUAUCGAGGAUUUUGUAUGUAUUAUUCGGUUCCUGUUUUUAAGUAAACACCAUAAUAUAUUAUUAUAUUAAUAAAUUAUUUUCAAGGUUAUAUUUAAUGGUAAAUUAUAAAAUUAAAUACACGGGUCGUUUUUAAUUACUUAUUCAUUAUACGGUUAGUAUAAUAAUAAUAAUAAUUAUUAUUAUUAUCAUUCGACAAGCUGACCAAUUGCGUGUUAUAUAAUGAAAAACGGAAUCAUCGUCCAUCGUUCACGAUAAUAUUAAGCGAGGGUCGGAUAUAUUUUCUAUUGUUUCUUAGGUAAAACAAAAAAUAAUCAUCAGUUUAGUGGAGACCUUGAUAAAAAACUUACUGACUAAUCCCGCUGGAUGCUUGCGGGUCCGUAUAUAUAAUAUUAUUCUAGUACACGGUUGGUCGAGGAGCAGCCGGAUGUUCCGCAAGGGCAAGCGUAACGUUUCUUCCGGUCUUAUUUUUUCCUUUUUCCCCUAACUCCCGGCUCUAUAUGUAGUGCACUGCGUCGUUGUUGUGCGUACUUAACAAAAUAAAAUUUUACCAUUAUUAUUAUUAUUAUUUUUUUUUAAUAUUAAUUGAAAAACUGUUAUUAAUAAUUUCUUUGGAUUUCACGACGUUUUUCCGUUCCUAUAAUAAAUCGAGACUAUAAUAUGUUUGACUGUAAACAUGACAUUAUCUAUUAUAUCCUUAUUAAUAUGUUUUUUUUUAAAGCUCUACGUUUCUGGCGAUACCAUUAAACAUUUUUACGAUUUUUUUUCCAAAGAAUUAUUUCAAUUACUGGAUUGUAUAUGGAUAAUACAUUUCUUAGUAUAAUUAGUUAAAUUAUAUACAAUAGAUAUUACAUUUUUUUUUUCAAGCUGUACUUGGGUGAAUCCGAGUAAAACAGCUAAUAAAAAAAAAAAAGCUACAGGAAUCAAAAAUCAUGCCGAACUUUGAAAUAAUGUAGUUGACACGAUACAUAGAUGACGAAGAUCUAUUUUUAGAAUUAAAAUUCAUGUUUAUCCAGAGCCCUUACAUAGUUUUGUCAGGAAUUUCUUGUCUAAGUACUAUAUUCUUCCAAAAAUCAUAAUUUGUAUGUUAUUUUAUUUCAUGCCAUACUAUAGCCCAAUCAUUGUAUACGAUUUAUCUAAAAUUCCAAACCUAAAGUAUAUCAUGCUAUCGCGAUAAAUAUUGUAUACUAUUUGAGUGUAAAUGCGAUUUUAUUUCUUUCAAUAAAUCAAUCAAUGUAGUUACAUGUUAUAUCAAUACAUCGACAAAGUACUUAAACAUUUCUCACACCUGUACUUCUAUUCUGGGUAAAAUAUGACGAUUAUUCUUAAAACACGUUAUAAGUAAACUAUGAUGGUAUUUAAGAGUAGUGCUGAGUAAUAAAUCCAGAUUGACCGGUUCGAUCCGGAUUGAAACAAACGUUAUGAUACAUUUAAUCCGGAUUAUAAAGAUCUAAAAUAGGUGGUUUAUUUUUAAAUACUGCUCGUAUUGUUAUUUAUAUUAUCUACUUAUAAUAGUAAAAUUUACAAUUGAAAUUUGAAUUACAUUUGUUUUAUAUUGAUAACAGUGUGCUGGAAAUAAUUAUAAUAAUAUAAUCUAUCAUAAUCAAUAGAAAUCAAUGUAUGAUCAAAUGUUGGAAAAAGUAUUGUAAGCGGGGACAAGCUAAUAACUCAAGUUGUGGUCUAAGUGACAAUAUUUAAAUUUUUACAGCAAAAACGUUUUGUAAUUUUUUGUUUGUCUCCGAAGAAUGUUUUGUAUUACAAAUUUGUAUAGAUUAUGGAGUUUAUUUUCGCUUUUUAGUUGAUAUUUUCUAACACGGUUGGAGUUAUUUUUUUAAUAAUUUUGGUUUUUAGUUCCUAGUCCAUUCCAAACAUAUUAAUAGAUUGAUCCGAAAUCUGGAUUGGAUCCGAGAAUCUGGAUUAAACAGAUUAAAUUCAAAUCCAGAUUAUGCAAUUAUAAUUUGAAUUCCGGAUUGGUCAAAGUAUUAUUCAGCACUAUUUAAUAAUUUAAAACGAACAUACUUCGCACGUGGUUGCAGCUACUGUUGUAGAUGGAAAGUUGCGGAGGUAAGAUACAAAAAAGAAUUUAAUGAAUAUUUGUAAACAACGAUAAAUCAUUGCUAACGAAAAACGAUUAUGAUUUUAGUUGAUAGUGAUGCUUAGAAGUAUAAAAUAAAGAAAUAUAAUAUAAAGAUUUAUGUAUUAAAAUCGAAAUUUAUUUUAUUUUAAUAUUUUAUAUAGCUCGGUCUAUAGUAUAGCUUUUUAAACAAUGUACGUUUCCAUGAUAACAAUAAUUGUUUAAAAAGAUUAAAACAAUAAAAACUUAAUAAUAACAAAAAAUAAAUAAAAACGGUUACCAGUGACAACCUUUUUUUUAAUUUUUCAAUCUUUUUUAACCUAAAGAACCAGGUUUUUCUCAUUAUCUCAAAUAUAAAUGAGAAUUUCAAAAAAUUACCUCUCUAGAGAACCCGGAGAACAUUUCCAUGAAAAGAUGCUAUACUUAAUAAUUGGAGUAAGCUUUCUGGUAGAAAUAGUGUUCACUUAAAAAAAAAAUAUAUAUAUAUAUAUAUAUAUUUCGUUGUAAAGCCAAUACAUUCCUUGCUCCGAACAGAAUCUAAAAAUAUGAUUUUUUUGUUUUUAUUUAAAAAUACUGAAAAAGUAAAAAUACAUUAAUCGUUGCAAGACAAAUAAAAAGUAAAAAUAAAUCGAUUGUCCUCGAAUCUUUGUUUUGUACCAUCUAUCAAUCUUUUGUACCAUAUAUUCUUGAUUAUUUGUCUUAUAUAUUUUCUUAUAUUUCCAUUUCCAUCAGUGCUUUAACCAGUAUUAAAAUAUAUUUUGUUGUUACUGCGCGAUUUGAAUUCUUUGUAAAAAUGUACAUUCUGUCUCGAGCAACAUUUCUGUAUAGGUAAUAGGUAUCUAAUGGUAAACAUAAUUAAAAAAAAAAAAAACUUUAAUUAAAUUGUAGAAUAAGUCAGAAUCACAUAAAAACAAAAUUGGAUAACUCAAUCAUAGAAAAAAACCACGAUGUAAUGUAAUAUACAUUAUAAUAUACAUUCUCAAUCAACUGAUUCGUUACACAAUACAACACGAUAACUGCCACCGAAAUCGAAAAAAAAGCUUGAAUUUCUAUUAUUUCUGUAUCACAUUCGCAUAAUAAUAUAAUAUACAAAUAUAAUUCUUAACAAUAUGGUUUUGUUUUUUGAUAUGUUGUGGUUAAGGUUAAGUUAUUAUCUAUAACCUUAACUUCAGGUUAUCUGGCCAUCGUAAUUGCAACUAAUACGAGUUAUAGUGAUUAUUUUCCUUGUGGUUUCGUUUAUUUUUAAGUAUUUUUAAUGUCUACAAAAUUAUAAAUUAUAUUUUUAAAAAUAAAAACAACAAUAUACUGAAUCAUUAAAGAUUCGUAAAUUCAUUGAAAAUCAAGCGCACCUACGAACAAUAGAUGCAAUUAGGAAUACCCCUCCCCCGGUCCUUAAAUCUCCCUGGACCUGGACUUGUUGUCUCGGUUUUUUUUUCAUAAUUCCGCUCUUCGAUUUUUUCUAAACGUAUUUUAGCAUGUUAUUAUUAAACGUUAAUUUUUUAGAUUUAUACAAAUACGUAGAUUUUGUUACCUAAGUAAAUGAGGUACAUAGAACACAAUGGGCAUAAGUGACAUUUUUAAACAAUCUGAUUUAUGAGCACAGCUAAACUAAAAGUAUUCCAUUUUAUUUGUAGUAAAGAAAUUGUUCGUCAUAUGCUGUGAUCUGGUAUCAAAGACUAGGUCUCACUAAAAUAAUCUUCAAACGAAAAUGUCAUAACUCAUAACAUAUUAGAAGCAAAUAGAUACAACGGUCAACAAUAGCUGUACAUACUCUUAUGUCUCGUUACUGCCAAGUGGUUAAACAUUAUUUUUAUUUCAUUCGAACAUAAGGGAUGAUAUUAUGAUAAUACGCUUUAUAAUAAUUAUAUUAAUUAUAAAUAGCUUUGAACGAAAUCAAUAAAAUGUAACUAUACCCCUUGCGUUCUUAAAUAUAAACGUAAUACAGUUAGGUUGAAAAUUAGAAAUUUUUUAGCCCGUUUCCCCGUCAGAUUUUCGAUUCUGGUCGCGAGAUCGCUAUGUAAUACAAUACACGGGCGUUUUAAUAUUAUUUAGAUAGUUUGUCGAUACAUUUUAUAAUGUAUAAUGCUUAUGCGUGGGUAUUAUUUUAAAAAAAAAAAAAAAAAAUAGUUUGAAAUUAUUAUUAAAAUGUCACGAGACAAUAAAAAAUCGUUGUCAUGCCAUCCAACGGCUAACGUGUACAAUAAUAAUAAUAAUAAUAAUAAUAUAACGACAUCGAUCGACCAAAUCGUGAUGUGUCAAUUUGUCAGACUUCAGUGAAGAUGUGCGACGAGUGAAACUGCUCAUAUUGUUAUAGUUACACGAUAAUUGACGAUUGUGCGGUCGGAAAACACGAGUGUUUUUUAUAGAUGUUAUCGGAUAGGUGGUGUUUUACCGACCUACCCGACUUCUCGUACGGGAACGAAGUAAUAUUUCGCUCGUUAACCCAUGCCGGACGCACAGAAACGUAAUCGUAUUGUUGUGUUGCGUAAGGAUGAAUAAUAUAUAAUAUAUGUGAUUCUACGACACGUCAACGGUCGUUUUAAUGUAUUCGCCGUUCGGGUGUACCCAAUAAUUAUUUUAUGCAUAAUUAAGCCUACGCGGUGCGCGGCACAUGAUAAUAAUAAAGACGCGUAUACUUACUUUCAGAAAAAAUUUCGACCGCGACCACGGGUCGUUGUGAUGAUUUUAGUUUUCAUCUAAUAGAGUACAUCGAAAACAAUAAUGUGAAACAAAUUGUUAUUACAUGAAAUGACGAUGGUUCAAAUAGAUUUCAAAAACGAUUUUCGUCGAAAUUCGGACUCGAAACGCGUAUGAAAAAUAUACUACGGCAUUGCGGUAGACAAAUCUUCUUUUUCUUUUUUUUUUUUAACCGCCAAGUACAACUCAUGUCAAAUCUCGUGUACAAUUUUCAUAUCAUUUCAAGGCAGUUUUAUCCACAUAAAACCGAAUAAAAAAAAUACGAGAAAAUUUCAAAAAUCACCAGAAUGGUUUGACAAAUUUCACCACGUUUAGAAUGGUCUUGUAUAAAUAUUGAAUAUCCUAUAAAAAUAUCAAGUCUUUACGGUUAUUUUUUAACUGCUUAGAACAACAAAAAAAAAAAAAAAAAAAACCAAUCGAAAAUAAAGAAACCGUUACUGUCGUAAAUUGUUCCUACGUGUUUUCACUAUUAUUAAAAAAAAAAAUCGAAAAACGAUCUCCCAGUGCACCAACUGGACGACAUUUCCGCGCAGAAAAAAUGCUCAUUUGAUAAUGGAAGCAAGAUUUCCAGAUGGAAAAGUUGUUUACAGAUAGAUAAAAAUAACACAUCAAUCUUAGUAGAAUCUGUACGUCGUUUUCCGUUUGAGAAACGAUUCGGUUCGCAUAGCUCGGUUAAACGUAUUUUGAUAAAAUGUUGACCGAACAUAGUAUUAAUUCGUAACUACAAAAUAAAUUACGAUUAUUAUUUUGUAAAUGUUCUCAACGGAAUUUAUCGUAAAUUUUAACCAUAAAUCGGCUAAUACAUACUACUUAUCGAGUUCAACUAUUUUGUUUACCACUGAAUACAACUAAACGAUCGACCUUGCGAAAAAAAUUGUCGAGCAAUUUCAAACGAAGCCGAAAACUUUCUCAGUGAUCACUAUCGAUUUAUCGGAUUUGUGUCUAACCUAACCUUCCCUAUAAUGUUUAUUUUGUAUUUUCUUUUUUUUUCAUUUAAACACAGGACAGCGUAAUAUUUAACCAUUUUUUUUUUUUUUUUUUGAAAACGUAGGUAUAUAGGGAGGUUGUUUUAAUAUUAAUUAAUAAAAACGAACCAAUACCUAUUAUUCUGUCGGUCCCGUCAAAUUCCAUUAUAUAGGCAUAGUAAACGUAUAUGCCCCAUUACCUACUCGUUGGAAUCGUAAUUCAUAAAAUGUAGCGAAACACCCACUUGUUUCAGAUAGAUACGUAUAAUGUGAUAAGUAAUAUGAAAAUAAAUACAUAUUGUGAACAUUUUUACGAAACAACUAACCGUAUAAAAAUAAUUUUAUUCUCGAGUAGUAGGUACUACGUGUUGGCAUGACGUGUAUCAGAUCACAGCGAGCUACCUAUUAGAAAAAAAAAAACCCCCGCUAAUCUUAUCAUUUUUUUUUUUUUUCUAACUAUUUAUCUUUUUACUCGUUAUUUUGACCGUGAAAUUGCAUUUUACCUGCAAAUAUUGGCUGCCCAGUUUAGCGGUAUAUUAUAUUAUUAUUAUUGUUAUUAUAGCUGAAGAUGAAGAUAUGUAUUGUGUAGGCAGGUAUAAUAAUAUUACCUACAUUGAUAGUGCACGGUUUUCUUAAAAUAAGAAAUACCUACUGCUAAAAAAUGCGAGAGAACUUCAUUUACGAAUACAGUAUGCUAUAGGUACUAUACAACAUUUUUAUUAUGUGUUGAAAAUUAUAAUGAAGAAGAUAUCUGUACACCCUAACGAUACUCAACGGACUAUUGACAAUACUUUCUUUAUAGGUAUCGAUAUUAUACGUCGUCGUUCUCGUAUUACGACUAUUGAAUAUCUAUACUAGAAAAAAGUUCCUAUACUCGCCCAUACGAAUUUUAUCACUGGACAUCAAAAUGUGUAAUAUAUUUCGAAACACGGUUUUUCUUUUUUGAUUAGAUUAAUAACCUUACCCAACCUACCUGUUACGGCCUACGCGUCUCCUCGACAGUAAGUAUAUUAUAUUAAUCUCUAUAAUUUUUUUUUUUUUGUUCAUACAUAGAGGUUUCCUUUGGUUUAAAAAUGUGAAAGUAAUGAAGUAGGUAUAGUUGUACUAUUACUACGUGUGUACGUAGGUAUAUAGAAAAUAUAAAAGUCUGUACCGUAUUCAGCACGUUAAAAACGAUAUGCGACUAGCUAGAGCUGCAAAAUGUUAUAGUCAGUCAUAAUAUUUGCUUAAUACGUUUCGUUAUAGGUACGUACUUGAAAUCCCACUCCGAAAAAAAAAUUUUUUUUUUUUUUUUGAUUUUGUACUCGGGACAGUAAUUAUAAUAUUAUUCGAGCACCAUUCACGGGUAUACAACACACAGUAUCGCGCGAAUUUCUCCGGUAAAUCGGAUCUUUGUAGCCCACAAUAAUAUACAGGUACAACACUGGCGCACUCGUACGUACGAGAUGAAUUAUGCAUUAAACAAUUACACAUUAUAGACGAUCACGAAAUAAAUUGUAUUCUUUUGAUUUCGGCCGAACGUGAAGCGUUUUUACAUAGGUAGGUAUACCUACCUAUAUAUAGUAAGUCCGCGAUACGCAUAAUAUGAUGACAGCUAUGUGAAAAUUACUGUAGACAAGAUAAUACAUCAUGCUCGAACCUAUAUACCUAUAUUUAUGAUAAUUAUAUUAUAUAUGUAUUUAUGCAAUAAAUUUGACGGUUUGGUAGUCGUCACGACCGUUUAACAAGUGGCUCGAAAUAAUAUUAUUAUUAUUAUUAUGUUGAACAGAACUCCGCCAUCAUUAUCAUCGUAUUCGUUUUAUAUACACUCGUGUUGUACCCGCGCUGUGUCGUCGAAUUAAGCUCAUUAACGUUGUUUUUUUUUUUUUUUUCAAUUUUUCAGAAGGUAUAACAGCGUAAGCGUUUUCGAACGCGAAAACUUUGUGCCGAAAAACCGUCGGUUUUCUCGAAAUGAUGAGUAUGAUUUAGCGUAAAACAACUUGUUUAAGAAAAUUAAACAACACUAAUUUACCGAAGGAAUCUAUUCGGUUAAAUAUUAAUUUAUUUAAAAAAAGUAACGGGGUUUUUUUUUUACUUUAAUCUCGAAUAUAAUACCUGUAUACCGUCACGUUCGAUAUUAUUUAAUUAUUAUUCGAUAUUAAAACCAAUAUGCCGCACUUACUACAAUAAUUUGAUUGCCUUUAAAUUUUAUAAUUAAUAGAAAUAUUCUACUAUCACUUUGAAAAGAAUUGUACGUUUUAGCCUUUUUUCUGUUAUAAACAAAUUUCACGAUUAUAGGUACAUUGCAAUAAAUACUAAGUGGUGAUGACCCGGAAUUGUUUUCAGAUUUAUAUUAAAAGUUAAUUUGCGUUUGUUUGAUUCGUAAAAUUUACGUUUUUUUAGAUCUGGAGCGUAGGGAGUAAUGUAUUGGUUUUACAAUGAUGUUUAUUUGUUUUUUUUUAUCGGUGAACAGCUUUUCUAUCAGAAGUCUUACUCUGAUUUUCAAAUGUAGUACUUUUUUUGAAAAGAAAUUUUAUCUGGGUGAUUCUUUUAGUAGAACGAUUUUUGAUUUUCUCAGGGGUUUUCAUAAAAAACGGCGAAAACCAGGAAAAAAGUAGGAAAAUUUAUAAAAGAAACUUUGCUUCAAAUCAUUUUUCGUUAGGAACGGUUUAUCGUUACGUACAGAUAUAAACUAAAUUCCCCUUUAUAGCCUACUCUCCUAAGUUCUUACAUACAACAGUGGCCCACAUAGUAGUAGUAGACGAAGUAUGUCCGUAUUAUUUUUUUUCUAAAUUUCAUGAAAAUCGCCUGUACGUAACCUUUAAAAUAUAACAUGACCUCCUGGCUCGACAAUAUCAAUAUACUGUUCGUUGUUCAUUCUCACGGUGAUUACGACGUUUUACUUUGUUAAUCCUUGUGAAUACAUUUUAUAUAAAAUUUAACUAAAUAAAUAAUCCAAUUGCAAUGGCAUGUGUAUUAAGAUGAUAUUUCGGUAACUUAUAAAAACACGGUUUUACUUGUCUAAAGCAUGUUUAAAAUUUGUUGUGUAAGUGUGAUAAAAUAAAGACAACUGAAAAAAUAGAUUAUAGUUAACCUUAUUAAUUAUCCGUUAAAUAUUAAUAAUAAAAUAAAAUAAUUAAAAAUAUCUCGAAAAUAUCACAAAAAGCAGACACAAAUUUUAAAACCGAGUACAUGCGAUUAGGUACAUAUAACAUAUUAUAUGAGCUUUGUGCAAUAAUAAAGUUAAAUAUGACCAAUAAAACGUAAACAAAAUGUAUAUUUGCUACAAAUUCAUUAUAAAAAUCAUAAAUUAACUAUAUAGUUAAUAUAGCUAAUGUUAUUAUAGUUUAUAUUUACAAUUGAUAAAUAAUUUAAAAAUAUAAUUUGUAUUAUUGAUAUGAAUUAGGUAUUAUAUUCAUCUGUUGUUAUUUUAAAAUCACGUUUUUUUUUUUCUUAUCUAGCGACGUUUAUCUCUCUAAUAUUUUAGAAAUGUAUGUAGCCAUUUUUUUUUUAUUGCCAUUAUAGUAAUUAUGAAUCGUAACAAUAAUUGCGUUUGUAUAUUCACCCAUCAAUAAUACGAGUAUAUAUAAUACAUCAUUUCGCAAUCUGCAAUUAGACGAAAAAUAAUACAUUUGAAAUGAUUAUAAUACGGGUGAAACAAUGUAGCUGAGAUGAACACCAUAAUACAUUUACGGUUCAAAUAAUUUAUAAUAUUUAAUACUAUAAAUUAUAAAACUUAAAUUUUAUACGUAUUGAAACAUUUUAUUGAGCAAUAUAAUAUGCUAUACAGAAAAAGUAAUAAUAAUAAAAAAAAAUACUUUAAAAUCAGUACCCAUAAAUUAUAAUUGAUUCUACUGGUAUUCAUAAACGAAUACCUAAAUUAUUAUAGAACCUUGUCGAAGAAUCAGUAAGUAGACAGAUUAUAUUAUCAAAUUUAAGCAUUUUUUUCUUCGAAUUUUUGUGCUUAAAGGCAAAAUAAACCUAAAAGUUGAUACUGAUCACGGAUAAAUAGUUGGGAAGGUAGGCUAUAUCUGAUAAUUUAUUCUGUAUAAUCUAUAAUAUAUGCAACGAUAAAUCAAUCAUUGAAAACGAAAUACAUAUUCUGAACGGAGUGUCUAAACGAGAAGUUAUAAAUCGUGUUUUGUUUUCCUUUUUGCCAGGGUAACUCAUUAUAUAAUCAACAACAAACGUCUCGUUUUUUCCAAAUUUUUCCUAAUUAGUAAGAAAAUUACAGGGAAAAUCGAAAAAUGACGUUCCUCAUGCACCAACUAGACGCAAAAUGCUUCAAGAAAGUGUCUAUAAAGUUUUUGAUUACAGUUACAUUUCUGUUAGAAAAGUUGUUAACAGACAGAAAAUAAACACAUUAUAAUAGAACCUCAGAAUCCAAAAUUCUAAAAGACGUAGGCAAAUAUGUGAAUUUUUAAGAUUUGACUGCAAGAUUAAGAUUUAAAAACCCACCUAAUCUAUAGUUGUACGAAUAACUUCAAAAUAGUACAAUAAAAAUAAGACAUUUUUGUAAAUAUACAUUUUUUUUCGAUAUAUUUACCCCUAUAUACAAACGUUCGAGACCAUCUAUACAAUAAUUUUCAGAAAAAAAAAACUAUAGCGUUUUUAUAAGUUACAUACCGCGGUAAGGUAUCUCACGUGCAUCGGUAGCGAUUUGUUCGGUUAAAUCCGAAACGGAUUUCCUGUUACUUCAAACAUAACACUUAUAACGUACCAAGUACUGAUACACUUGAGCUCCUAAACAACCACCUGUUCCCUAUACUUAUAUACCAUCUGCGCCUCGCGUUUCCGUUACGGUUCGAAAGUAAAAUUUUCAAUCGUACAUUGUUCUCUAUAUACCUAUUCGGAUUAAAAAUAAAAUAAAAAAAAAUACAGAAAAAAACUACCGCGAUUGGAAUUCACGGUUCAAACAGUAGUUGAAAACUUAAAUUUUGACCGUUAACUGUUAUAAUUUUUGAAAAUAUAACAUUCAGAUUUCCUAGUAAAACAUUUUCUAUAAUCCCUGUUAUUGUUUUUGUUUCUAGCUGUCGUGGACAAUCGUUGCUAUUUAGAAAAUGGAGGAUCGGCCGAAAGCUUCUUCGUGUCCGAAGACGUACCAGUCGGUACUAUUAUCGGUCGGUAUAAUCGAUUUUUUUUUUUUUUAAUAAACUAUAAUUAUGAUGUACUUUUUUUAGGCAUUUUGAAGAUAAACGGCGAUUCGUCUGAAAACGGGAACAUAAACUUGUCGCUAAAGGAGGUAGACAGUCCCGUCGCUAUUCUGCCCGGCACAAAGGAACUCACACUGACAAAACCGCUGGACAAAGAAGUAUAUAGUUUGCGGCUUUUUAUUUUGAUGACAAAAAUAAUACUUUUGACUACAAUAUUGACGUUUUAACAUUGUUAUAUCGUUGCAGGGUAUUUCUGGUCCUUCUUCCGUUUACGUGAAUGUAAUCUGCGAACGAAAACAUACGGCCGAUCCAGUAAGUAAAUCUCCAAUAAUUUAACUAUUGUUAUCCUAGAGAAAAUAAGAACGAACGAUGUGUUUUUACGUGCCUAUUUUAGAAUUUCGCUAUACCCGUCAGCAUUCGAGUAACCGACGCCAACGACAACGCUCCGGUAUUUAUCAACGCCCCUUACAUUCUAAACAUAUCCGAGGUAUGAAUUUACAUUAUAAAUCAAUUGUCCUGUAAUAAUAUUAACACUGAGUUGUUUUUAUAUAGGUAACCGUAGUGGGGACCAGAGUACUUCAAGGUAUCAAAGCCGUCGAUGCCGAUCAACUCGGUCCGUUCUCUACCGUUCAGUACUCUGUGCUUCCGGGGCCUCAUUCUGUAAGUUAGACUUGAACGUUAUAAUAGAGAUAUCAUUCGUAUUGAUUAAAGCAGACUACCACCACGGGUGAUUUUAGGCACGUUUUCCCGAAAUUAAUUGUCCUGACUGGGAUUGCAAAUUAUACUGGUUUCCUAAAUUAAGUCCCAAAAUAGUCUUCAAAAUAAUUCAUUUUUAUAGAAACCAUUAAAAUUUAUUUCAGAUAGGUGUUAUCAAAUAUAUAUAACAUUGAUAUGACGACAUGAUGAAUAUAUCUUAAUAAAACAUGAUAGACUCCCAAAGGGAAAUCCCAUUCGGGGGACUUUUGUGGAUUUCUACUUGAGAUUCCAUUUAGACUAUAUAGGUACUAUAGUACCUCCUAUUAGAAUCGAGAUAUAAAAUGAUCUGUUAUUUAUUUUCAACUGAUUUUUAAAAAAAAAUAUAUGCUUUUUCAUAAUGUUUGUAGAAUAGGUAUUUUACUUUAAAUCAUAUUUCCGGUUUUUUUUUUAAAUUUCAUACAAUUAAUCUAUAAAUCUGUUAAUCUAUUAAUCACAUAAUUAUAAUAGUUUAAGUAUUCCGAGUUAAAAGCUUAUGAAAAAUGUAAAACCUUUAAUGAGUAAGUAAGGAGAAGUUUUAUUUUGUCAGGCGUGGAUAAUAAUAUGUACAUAAAACACAAGGGAUCGGAAUUAUCAAAAUAGCUACAAGCCGUACAAGAUUUGAUAAGAUAGUUGAAGAGGGUGUAUACUGUAUAGUGUAUCUCUUAAAAAUAAACGUCACGAUUUUUAAACUCAAAUAAAUGGCAAUCCUACGUUACAAUAAUUUAAAUAAUUAUAUCAAAAUGUCAUUAAAACAUAGGCGCCGAAAAUGAAUGCAAUAAAAAAUGUACUUAUACACCUAUACUUACAAUUUUGAUCUCUCGCGGUCGCGUGUGAGUCUGUUUCUGUAUAUUAUAAAUACACUAGAUUCGCACCCUUAAGACAUUUUCGCCAAUAUCGGCGCCAAUGGUUUGAUUAACUCCAGUUUUUUACUUUUUAUAUAUGUAUUUCGUAACUUUAUUGAUUGUAUUUCAUGCAGUCGAUUUUCAUUGGCGGAUCUAGAGUAAUUCUAGAGGUAUGAUUUAAGAUGAAUAUUCACACUGUCCGAGUAGAUUAAACACAAUUGUAGUUGUAAUUUUUAGAUGCACGGUCGAUUGAAAAUGUAAUAGAAUUGUAAUAGAACAUUGUCUUACUCAAAGUUAAAUAUUUCAGGAUUUUUUUGUUUUCGUCAACGGCCUCGAGGGAACUCUAGUGUUACGGAAAGCUUUGGAUUAUGAAACUCUUUCGAAUUUCACUAUCGGAAUACGAGCACAAGUAAUAAAUACCAAAUAUCUACUAUAAAUCUCAAAUUCAAUACAAAGUGAAAUUUCAUACCAGUUCUACAAUAUCAAAAAUUACGCUUUGUUUUAGGAUCAAGGCAAUCCGCCGCAAUACACCGAUACGGUCAUCUACGUCAAUAUCAUCGACGCGGACGAUCAAAACCCAAAGUUCUACGACGAGAGAUAUACCGCUACAUUGCCCGACCAUGCUACCAAAGUAAUAGACAUUCCACUUACAAGAAAACUUUUUCGUGUUUUCAAAGUCAUUAAUAUUUGUUAUUGUACUGCAGGGCACGAGACUCAAAGUGUUUCCUAAAGAAAUCGCCGCUUUCGACCAAGACGUCGGAAUCAAUGCGAAUAUUUUUUACACUUUUAACUCUGGUUAGUUUAGUAGUUCGUUUUUUCUAUAACUUUAUAAUUAUCACGAGUUCAUUAUUAACAUAUUUGUGGUGGUAAUAUACUUGCGUGUUUUUAGACACCCAAGAUUCUCGUUACUUUGAACUGGAUAGAGUUUCGGGUAGUGUUACCGUCAAACGUGCCAUUCCGGAAGACGAUAUAUUACAACCGGUCACUAUGGUCAUUCGAGUAAGUAUGACCGGCUAAUAUUUUUAACACAUUACUAUAAUCCGAAAUAUUAUUGCCGAACCUGCAGUAGUGAUCUUCAUGUAAUUUUUAAUUGUUUUUUUUGUUAUUUACAGGCUACGCAGUUUGAUAACGCCGAUCGUUACGCGUUGGCCACAUUGACCGUCAGUCGGCCGGGAACUUCGCUCCGAGAACUUCAAUUUUUACAGGACCACUAUCAGGCGGGGGUGUUGGAAAACGUACCGCUGGAAAGCGUCCUGCUCACCGUGAUCACCAACAAGCCGAAAGACAAACGGCUGAAAUAUUGGUUGAGCAACUAUACGGAUAUAUUUUCGAUUACGAUUAGCGGCGACAUUGUGUUAAAGAAACCGUUGGAUUACGAAACAGUGGACGGUUACGUGUUUUACGUUUUUGCCACCGACAGUUUUAUGGUACGUACCUCGGGUAUUUGAUUAGCACCAAAAUUAGCCCCGGGUAUAGCCCUAGGUUCGUAUUUUUAAAUGCCUAGCUCAUUGUAGUCAUCUGAGUGAUAUAUAUUUAUGUACAUGUAUAUUAAAUAUCAAAAAAAGAAAAUUUUCAAACGUAAGAGCACAAAGACAAUAGUCGCACUCUUGUGUACACAACAAACAAAAACCUCAAAUGUAAAAGUGAAGAGAUCAUGUAAUUCAAAGUGUCAUAAUAGAAUAGGUACUUCAAAUAGAUAGUAAUUCAAAAUAUGUAUAUAAUCCUACGUUAUGCAGUUAUAAUUAAUUCAAAACGUAACGACAUAAAUGCGAUUAGUAAUUAUAAUUUUUUUUCUUUUUAAAUAAUAUACUUCACACUAAUAAAAAAAAAAAACGUAUAAAUAAACCGUUGAACAUGUUAUUACCAAUACACACAUCUCAUUGAAAUAAUAUUUUAUUUUAUUUGAGCCUCAACUACAAAGAUUACUGGCUCACAAUAUUUAUAACAGAAGAAUAUAAGUAUAUAUCAUGUCGCUACUAGAUAACAGUGUGGACAUUUUACAAGAAAAGAAAUAUUUACAGAAAAAAUAAUAUCAAUUUUUUUUUUAUUUACUGUUCACAUUGCCCGUUAACAUAUAUAUUUUUAUAGGAUACAAAGAAUACUUUAUAUUACAUAUCUAUAGAAAGUGACAAACUGUUUUAAUAAAAUUAAAAAAAAAAAACACCAUUUUAGUAAAACAAUAGAUUUUUAGCUACACUCUGAAUCUAAAACAUAUCGUAAUAAAAGUUCGGUUCCUAUUUAUUUCACUGUAAUUGAAUAGUGACAAGAUGACAUCUCGAUGCCAUCGUUAGUUUCGGCGCGUAUCUGCCUUUUUUCCGGUUGAUUUAUUGUGCGUGCAACUGUACCAACAAACUGCAAUAUUGUCUACUGGAACUAAAUGUUUAUAUAGUCUUACACUAUUGUGUUUUUUUUUUUCGAUUAUUAAAUGUGAGUAGUGUCGUAAAAAAAAUUCUAAUAAAUUUUAAUUCUGUGUAUUGCAAACAUUUUAUCGGUAGGUAUUAUAGUUUCAUACUAAGAUGUGUUUUUUGCUCGGAAAGCGCUUUUUCGGUUAGUAAAAAUGUUCCGAUUGUUUCACGAAAUAUGUACCUACCUUAAAAAGAUGCCAAUUUUUCAACUGGUGGUGCUUUAAUCGAUACAUUUAUUCUAAAUUCUCAAUAGUUUUUCUAAAAAUUAAAAAAAAUUUGACAACAAAUGACGAAAACAUUAAUUUUUCCAUAUUUGUUGAUUUCUGGAUUACUUUGGCUACAAGGGGAAAAUAUCACUAACACUCCAAUCAAAAUCGUUUUUCGUUUAUUCAAUCAUAUAUCGUUACGUUAAAAUUUAAACUGAAUUACCAUAUAAAUCCUACAUACCUAUACAACAGUGGUCUAACCAUCGUACGAUAUGAUUCCGAUUUUUUACUAUUGAUUGUUUUUAUAUGAAUAUCUGUAUAUACUGAUGGUUUUUUUUUUCCAGAACACUUCUGCGUUUGUCAACAUCAGCGUACUGAACGUUAACGAUUGGGAUCCGCGAUUCCGAUACCCGCAAUACGAGUUUUACGUGCCGGACAUAUCGUUAUCACAAUUAUUGCCAGGAACAGUUAUCGGUAAAGUGGAAGCUGCCGACGGUGACCGCGGGGAUCGCGUUAGUUUAGCGCUGCGAGGCCCGGAAUCCAAGUAAAUUUAAUACCAGCAUAUAAUAAUUUAUAGGUGCCAAGUUUACGAAAAAAAAAAAAUCAUCGGGUGCUUCCCCGAGAACUUCCUCCCCAAUUAAAAAGUAGUGUGGACUACAGGCUGCAAUUAUCGAUUUAUUGUAGGUGUAUGUUUAUUUAUACUGGUAUCCGGUAUACGUCAUCAAGUAUCAUCUGGAAAAAUCAUUUAUGUACACCUGAAAUGUAACAUCUUAUAAAUUUAAAAAAUGUCAUUAUAUUUAUAAUAUUUCAGAAUCGUUAUUACUACUUUACUUUAAAUACUUACUAAAAAAAAUUUUUUUUUUUUAAUCACUUUUUGUCGAAUUUUCCCCGAAAAUAGAAUCUUCUGUAUUUUGUCUGUUACAUAAUUUAUGUGUGUAAACAUAUCUUAUUCCCGCUAUUCUCGAGUAAUGGCUCGCUGUGGAUUAAAGAUUAGAUCGGAUUAGAGUUGUUUUUUAAGUUGAAGUGAUACAAUUUCAAUUGAAUUUCACCAUGUUGUUUUUUUUUUUUUGCUUUGUACACCUAUACAUAACUCCCCUUUCCAAAUGAAGCCGUGGGAUGAAAAUUAAUUUAUACAUGGCGUAAGUAUCAAGGAUGUACCUAUUGGAGUUUCGACUUUUAACCAGCUACCCGACUACUUGUAUGUUCAAAUUUAAUUUUCACAGAAAAUACCGGGUUUUACAUGCAGACUAAAAUUUAAUAAAACUUAAGCAAUUAUAAUUUAGAUCAAUUACAAAAAAAAAAAAUAAAAUAAAAUAUCACAAAGGUCGGUUUGGCUUUCACAAACCAGUCGGUUUGGAAAAAAUUCGACUCUAGUGACAGAGAUCUGCUGUUGCUCAUUGUUGGUUUGUCAUUAGAACAAUAACAUAGGUUUUUGAAUUUUCAACAUUUUUCGAAUUGAUUUUUUUUUCUGAAGAAAAUUAUUAUUUAAUAUCGAAAUUUGAUCUCAAAUUGUAUUGGAUGUUGAGCACUCCAUACAAGUUUCAUCGGAUGUUCUCGUAUCCGGUCAUCCGUCUAAUACAUGGCACCUAUAGCUAUGCUUAAAUCAACGGAAAUUUUAUUAAAAAAACAAAAAACAAUAAGUUUCAACUAUAUAAUUAUAAUUUUCUCUUUUAUAUACCUAAUAGAAUGUUCGCCAUUGAAGAUUCGGGAGAUAUUAUACUAGGCGAUCUAUCAGAUCUCAACACUGCCACGGCACAUUUGGUGGCCGUGGCUACGGACACUGGAAUUCCUCCGCGUCAAGUAUGCAUCUGGACAUUUUUUUUUUCUUUUUGAUUUUUUGUUUGCUAAACGUUUUUUUUGUUUUACAAAGGCUUCGGUGCCCGUUAUCGUGCAUUUACCAGAUACAGUCGUACGAUCCGCCGGCCGGACCGCCAACAACGGAAGCUAUACGGUGUUUGUAAUAUUCGGAGUUAUUUUGGGCGCCCUCAGUCUGGUUAUAAUCGCGUUGGUCGUUCACAUUCAAAAAAAGUAUUAAACCGAAAACAUUAUUUAUAUAACCUAUCGUUACACUAAAUUUAAUAAUAAAUCACUGUGCAUACGUACGCUUUUAGCAAACGACCGAAAAUCGGUACCGCAGCGAAUUUCGACGUGCGCACCAAAUUCGAGGGAUUCAAACGCACCAAUCCGAUAUACGACGAGAAGCGUUUGGUCGGGGUGGGCACUAAAAUGCAAAAUCCGUUGUUCAACCCGAAAGAAGACUCGGCGGAUCCGCUGUACACCGCCACGGUCAAAAGUGAGUGAUUCGUCUCGAAAAUCGAUUUAUAUAAUAGGAUUACAAAAACGAUUGUAGUACACUUUUCCCAAUACGUUUUUGUCAGUCAAUUUUUCCCAAAUUUAAUAUUUUCCAGAAAAAAAAAAUUAUGAAACUUACACCUCUCCGGGUGGUAACUCGAAGGAGCACCGUGCGGUCGGAGCUUCGGUCACUACAUGCUAUACUGGUAUCAUAAUGGGUAAUAUUUUAUCGUCGGAAAAUAGCAAAAUAUCGUCGAUAAAUUAUAGUAAUUUCGGUAAUAGCUUAUAAUAAACGCGAAAAAUCACACAGACGUAUAAUACUUUAUAAAGCAAAUUGUGUGCAUCAAAUAUAAUGCAAAAUUAAAAAAUAUUUAUUUUUUUCGUAUUGGGAAAAAAAACAAUUUGAAAAUAUUGCGUUGGAAAAGUGAAAAAAAUGAUACUCAGGAAAAAAACUUUUGAGAAAAAACUUGGAAAAAAGAGUCUCCCUGUAAAAUUUUAUAAUAAUAUAAUGUGAAAAUAUUAAAUUUCAUUUCAAAUUGUAGCGCGUUUUACUAAAUUUGUGUACCUAUCGAAAUGAAUCUCUUUUUUUUUUUUUAAGUUCUUUUUCGAUAACGUUCGAAUUUUUUAUAGCAACCAGAAUGUUUCCCGGAACGGCCGCUGCAACAAACGGUCGAGCGAAAAUGGGUGCGGUGCAGCAAUCGCUUCCCCGGUCAAGACACAAGUUUCCUGCGCCGGCUCCGCCACAAAUUCCCAAGACCGGGGGCGGCCGGUCGCCCGCCGGUUCGUCGACAACCACGACGACAGCGACCCCGAGUCCGGUGAGCAGAUUUUCAAGGGCGCCGCAUUGGCCGAACGACGCUAUUCCUAAACGCGUGAAAAAACUCAGUUGGGACGAUCGUAAUUCGUGCGCUCACAUGACGGUGUGUGUAAUGAUAACGAUAAUAUCCUCUUUGCAUUGCUCUAUAAUCUACAUAUAUAUCUACAUAAAGUGGCUUGCGCGAGGGUGGGGGCGGUUAAAAGUUAUUUCCCCCCCCCAUUGGCUUAAAAAUACAAACAAAUAUUAUAGUAAUCCAAUAUCGAAAUGCGUAUAUUUCAGCCAAGUUACGAGGAAAUAAGCUUGACGUAUUAAUUAGAACUUGCGUUUCUUUUUUAAAUUACCUUUUCCCAUAAUCUAUUUGGGUAGAGAAGACGAGUUUACGAUUUAUUCACGAUUCUUGUUUGCUACCUCCUCUGCCAUUGGAAAUUCCUGUGCACGCCACUAUAUAUAUCUAGUCUACCAGCUGACCGGGUAAUGCUUCGCUAUUGCUGGAUAAUAGUAAAAAUAAUAGUAAUAAUAAUAGUUUUCUUGUCCGUGGCCAAUUUAAUUAUAAUCCGUAUCACCGAGGUAACCCAGGAAUAAACAAAAGUAAAUAUCAACAAAAACAAAAAAAAAAAAAAAUGGAUAUUUGAAAAUACCUAAAACCUUAUAUUUUACGCUCUCAUGGGUUGGAUAUUCAAAAAUACUUUCUUUGUAGAUGCCUAUGGAGUCCUAUACGUUAUAAUAGCUGUCUAUAUGCCAAAUUUCAACCCGAUCCGUGCAGUGGUUUGGGCUAGGCGAUCAAGCGAUUCAGUCGGUCAGCCUGGACAUGUUAUUUUAUAUGUUAUACAAAUAAUACCGUCUAGUUUUAACCCUAGUUUAUCAACUCUUUGGGCCCGUUUCCCGCAAUUGUAAACAAAUAAAUAAAUAUAGAUAAUAAAUCUGCUUCAAUCAUAGCUUUUUCUAUUGAAAAUAGUGUAUAGGCACGAUAAUAUUGAUCGAUCCGUUUACAAUAUGAUUACGUUCGAGCGAGUGGGUGGUUUAGCGAUAUUCACAGUAUGCGGAAAUUGAGAGGUGGACUAUCGUUUUUGAGUAUGCCCGCGGUAGUGGAAUUAAUAAAGCCUUUGUAUCGUCUCUUAUGGUCUGGUUUCUCUGACAUACCAUUGAUGGUGAGUUGGUGAUGAAAUCUUCGAGUUUGGAUCAACUAGAGACAGAAAUGUCGCAUGCCCACGCGGGACUGGUGAAGGCGAGGAGGGGUCGCAAAUAUGAUUUGAAAAUUUAUGAUUUCGUGUUAAUUGACAAGAGACUUUUUCCAUUGAUUAUUGUGAAAAUAAUGUGUUCAGCAUCGAUUGUUCUGUCAAUGGCGUUUUCGAUUUGCUUUGAGAAUAAUUUAUUAAUAAUCGUUAAUUUAGGUUCUUUGGCCUUUAAUUUUUUAAUAAAAGACGUUAUAAGUACUAAAAUGUAUAAGUGUAAACAACAAUAUUUUAUUUAUUCUUAUAGCGCGAAAUCGAUCCGAGCGUCAGCGUGACACCGGUCGAAGAAACGAGAAGAGAAGACAAUUUAACCGUAUAUUUUUAAAACAACGGUAAUAUUUAAACGAACAUGAAUGUUUGUUGUUUUUUUUUUUUUUUUUUGUGUGUGUGUAUUUUAAAAUAAUUGUUAUAUUUCGUUUUAACAUUAAUUAAAAUUACACGCGAUAAGAUCAAAAUUAUAACCUAAGGUGUUUAUUAUUAUUAAAUUUUUUAAUAAUAUUAUGAAAAUACAUUAUGAUAUUGUAACAUUCCUUUUUUAUUGUAUAGUAGCCGGUAUAUUAUCUAUAAUAAUAUUAUACGAGUUUAGCUUUUAUAAAAUGAAUAUAACGUACCCGUAAUAUUAGAUGAUUCGAUUUUAUACAAAUAAUACCUAAUAACUAUUAUACGCGCAGUUUUAUUAAUAAUUAUUGUACAUUUAUAUGAUAUCGUAUUAUUAUGUAUUAUUUUUUCUAAUAUAUUUUGCGUCUCAUGUACGGACUGAAUUUUAUAAAAUACAUUAUUUAUAGGUAGAUAUAAUGGUAUUGUAUCGUAAUAAUAAUAAUAAUAAUAAUAAUAAUAAUAAUAAUAAUAAUAGUUUGUUUGUGAAACCUGUACGAAUUCUGUAUCCCCCUAUAUACGAAACAAUACAACAUAAUAAUGUAGCGUGUUACGAAACGAAUAUAACGAAUAAAUAAAACAGAUUGAAACGUUUUAAUGAACUGCUCGCGGAGUUCAUAUAGGACCACAUUGCGAUAUUGUCGUGAACGCGGGGGUCUAUAGAUAUUGCGCCACACGAAACAAGUGGACAACCGAUCGUAUACGAUUGGAUCCCGUUAGAAUUAAAUACGUAGUUCGGAGGCUAUAUUGUAUUGUAAUGUUCAACCGGGACGAAUCAACCCGCGAAUUAUUAUCGUUUGUGCCCAUAGCUUCGGUCCCGUCGAUGAAGAGACUUUGAGCCGUUCGCGUAUAGUUUCCAACACAAGCUCAUUAAAUGUUGAAAACACGUACGUCUUGUGUACGCUAAUACGCUGCAUACACUGUAUAAUGUAUUGAAAAUGUACACACACACACACACACACACACACACACUUGUGCAAUUUGGGUUUUAGACCAACAAAUAAAGGGAAACCGAAUGCACAAGACGAAAUUAUAAAAAUUUACUCAAGCCCUUCUUCCUUGGGACCAAAAAACCGCGUGAUUAUAUACAUUCGAGGUAAUUCAUAGUUGAAUACCUGUAUCGGGCACUUAUAUUAUAAAUUCAAUAAAAAAAAAACAUAUUCAUAAAAAUAAGUACAUUUUUAUAAUAUUAUACGUAUAAUUAUAUACUUUUUUUGUAAAGGUCGCAUCUUGAAACAAAAGAAAUAAUUCCUCCAAGUAAUAUUAAAUAAUACUUCUUUAUGGUCAAAGUCAAUAUUCUGUUGACGAAAAAUCGCCUAUAUUGCCAUUGUCCAAGUUUGGAUAAUCUGGAUAAAGUUCUGAAGUAUUAUCAUCGUCGUACACAUCAUUAAUUUGAUAACUAUCUGCGGUCCUUUCAAAUUCCAAUUGAUUUUCCUGGUUCAAUAGACACGUCAAAACACGACUAAUACAAUUCUUUAUCUUCUGAUUAUCAUAUGUGAGUAUUAUCUUCUUGGCUAUAUUGUGACCGAGUACGC